AGGAGGGUAACGACGACGCCCCCCGGCGUGUUCAGGCUACGCUCCCACCGCUACCAGGAGCACAUCUCUACCAUGAAAGAUGAGCAAGAAAGGGUGCAGAAAAAGACCUUCAUGAACUGGAUCAACGCUCACUUAGCUCGGCACGUUCCACCACUGAAGCUAAGUGAUCUGAUCGAGGACCUGAAGGAUGGCACCGCGCUGCUCGCCCUGCUGGGAGGUGCUGUCGGGGGAGAAGCUGCCCAUCGAGAAGGGCCGCGUCCUCCGCCGGCCACACUUCCUCAGCAACGCCAACACGGCACUACAGUUCCUACAGAGCAAAAGGAUAAAGCUUGUGAACAUCAACCCUACGGACCUGGUGGACGGGCGGCCCUCGGUGGUGCUGGGCCUUAUAUGGACCGUCAUCCUCUACUUCCAGAUCGAGGAGAACACCCGCCAGCUGGAGCGUCUGAGCCAGCUGAUGGAGCAGGAGGCGGGAACGAGGAGCGACUCGCCCUUCUCGAUGGCGUCGUGGACGGAGGGUUGCACUAUUUCCCGCGACCGACCCUCCGUCACACGCCGCUCCGCUGCCGCUGAAAAGUGGAAGAUGGGGGCGAAGAAGACCUUGCUGGAGUGGGUGCGCCAGACAGUCACCAAGAAGUUUGGCAUAAUCGUGAACGACUUUGGAACGAGUUGGCGGGACGGCACUGCAUUCCUUGCCCUUAUCCAAUGCAUCAACCCUCGCCUCGUGAAUCUGCAAACGAUGAUCCAGAUGACGAAUAAGGCGCGACUGGAGGCUGCGUUCCGUAUAGCCGAGCGAGGCCUGGGCAUUCCCUCCCUCCUGGACGCCGAGGAUGUGGAUGUUGACAAGCCGGACGAAAAGUCAAUCAUGACUUACGUGGCAUCAUUCCUUCACAAAUUUCCAGAACCUGGAACCUCUACAGUUCCACCUUGCACCAGCCCAACUUUGGAAGCAGCCGGUGCAGGGGAUAUGCUUAGUGAGAUAGAGAUGGAGUACACCGAACUGACCACAUGGCUGUCCCACACCUCCAAGUGGCUGGACACCCUCCACGACCCAGCCAAGCACGGCAACAUCAACUACGAGAGAUUCAAAGCUCUGAAGACAGAAGCAGACGAGAAGAGGCUGAUAUACGAGAAGCUUCAUGAGCUGGUGGAAUCUCAGUCUUCUGUCAUAUCAAUCACAACUGACUCCUGGGCUGGCAUUGCGGCAUCCUGGAACAAGGUUUCGCAGCAGCUGUCUCAUUGGAUGUGGCUCUUGGAUGCGGCGCUGCCCGGUGCUCUUGGUCCAAUAGGAGAGUGGCUGAGUCGUGCUGAAGCCAUGCUGGGCACUGAGGUCAAGCUGUAUGGCAAGAAUGACGAGAUUGCCACUCUUCUAAGUAAAAAGAUAGAGGAGCACAAAACAUUCUUUUCCAAACUGCCGUCCAUUAUAUCAAGCUUUGAGGCUGUGAAGACUUCCAAGGAUGCAGCAUCCAUCCCCAAGCAGCAGCUGGAGGGCAUUGAGCUGCGGCUCAAUACCAUUGCCCCCCGUGCUGCACGGAGGAAGAUUAAACUCAAGUACCUGGAACAUAGAUAUUGUUUGGUAGCAUUCCUAAUCCUUGUGGAAGCAAAACUCAAGACUUGGGCUGUGAAAUAUGGCAAGGAACAUGAAGUACAACAAAUCCUCGCAGAGUACAGGUCCUUUGUUGGGACACGUAACAUAUUCCAAGAAUUUGACCGGGCCUUCCAUGAGAUGCAGCAGGUGUCUGAAGCAUACAAGAAGGACAGUGAACUUAGUAAAGCUGAGAGUGAUGGGAUUGCUAAGUUCUUACUUGAAAUAAAUGAACGCUGGAAAAAUGUAUCAGUGGAGCUACGAUGCAUCCAGAGCCUGCUUGAAGAAGUCAUUGCUUACUGGAAAAAGUUUUUGGACCUUACAGAGCAGUUUGAGGCCUGGCUGGACCGCUCUUUGGUCAAAGUCAAAUUGCCUGAGAAAGAGAAGAUGAACUACUUUCAGGACCUUGGAGAGUGGAAAGAGAAACAUGAUGAGAUGGAUGAGACUGGGAAUUUUCUGGCAGCCACUUGUCGACCAGAGGUGGCUCAAGAAAUCCGAGAGAAACUCUUUUUCAUCAACAAGAAGUGGGAAGACCUCUUCCAGGCAAUGUUUGGAGUGGAAGCCCAAGACACAUGGAAGUAUGUGCAGCAGUACCUACAUCAAGGGCAGAUUAUACGGACCAAGAAUGACUACCAGUCAGGACAAGACCGCCUGGAGCUGUGGCUUGAGAACACAGCACUGCUUCUCAAUGCUACAAAUGUCUGUACAGUUGAGGCCAUUAGGGAGUAUGGAGAAAAACUGAAGAAACUGAAUGGUGAAAUUGAGGACAUGGAGUUGCUGUUCAAGACCAUUUCCAAGGCCUUCCAGUCCCUUGUGCAGGACCUCACCCCAGAUGAGAUAGAGAGGAUGAUGUGGUCCCUCAAGCAGGAGAAAGAAGAGCUGGUGCGGCUUAGAGCUCUCAUUCCACAAAAAAUGUACCUCACCACUCAGAUCAUCACCCAGUUAGAGGCUGUUGAGAAUGGCAUCAAAGAGAUCAACCAGUGGCUGGAUGAGGGAGAAGCUCUGCUUGGCUCCUUCAUUGUCCAUGGCACAAAUGAGAGCAUGCAGCAGCAGCAAAGCAAACAAAAAAGCGAAGACGGUGAGCCUCCUUUACCCUUCAGUGGCAUCAUUGACAUGGCAAGGAGCCAAAUUGAGCAACACAGGGCUUUCUUCUCACGGCAACUGUACUACAAGUCAAUGCUUGACACCAAAAAUAGGGUUUAUCAGAAUCUUCUGAGGACUACAAAUGGAGGAGAAAACUUGGAUGUUCAACAAAUUCAGGACAAAAUCAAUGAACUUAAUGUCAGGUUCACAAAAGUCACUUCACUCUCUGCCAACUGGGAGACUCGCAUGAGUGAAAGCAUCAGGUGUUGGCAGAGCUACAAAGAAUGUGAAACAGAGGUUACUGAAUGGAUCACUAGUGCUGAAAAGCUUUUUCAGGAGAAGGCCAUCACCACUAAAAGCUAUUUGGAAACACACAAGGACUUUUUCAUCAAUGCUCCUGAGCACCUCCUCCUGAAGGUGGUCACCUCAGGUCAGGACCUGCAGAAGUAUGUGGCUGACUCUGAAAAGGAAGCCAUCAAUGUAGCAAUCAAGAGUAUACAGAACCGAUGGGAUGAUGUCAUGUGUCAUGCUCCUCUUCAUCUGCUGAAGCUGGAGUUCCGUCUUGAUGAAAAUACGUUCCAAAUGUAUGUUCGAGACAUAGAAAAGGAGUUAAAUUGUGAACAGAAUUCUUACAACAAGAAUGAAAAUGUGGAAGCCAUCAGACGAAGGCAUGAGGAAUUCUUCGCUGAAAACUUGAUAACUCGAAUUGAGGAACUGUUAGACAACAUGGAUGUGUCAAGUCAAGAAUUUCUUAAAAAGAAGGAGGACAGAAGCUUACUGGAAGAUUGCCAGAGGUGCACUGUGCAGUGGCUGGACUUACAGACCCGCAUUGGCACCAUGGCCUCUCAGCUGGACCAGAUCCCAGAGCGCUGGAAGGAAUAUGAGAACAAGGUUGAAGAAACUGUGUCUUGGAUGGAUUGUGUAAAUGACUGCUUAAAAGAAGUAAACAGAGAAACAUCAUGUGCUGAUGAAUAUGAGAAGCUGAAGGAAAAGUUUGUGGAUGUGUGCGGAGACCUUGAGGGAAGGCGUGAGUCCAUGAAGUGGCUGGUGCAGAUGCUGGACUCUCUGAUCACUCACAUCCCUGAGGAGGAUGGACAGUAUGAGCAGCAGAAACUUGAGUCUCUUGUGAGCCGAUACAAGACUCUCAUACCCACCAUUGAAACAACCCUUGUCCGUGCUGAGACUAAUUCCAAGUGUUACCGGUACAGAGAAGACAUCAACAAAAUUGUGGCAUCACUUGACAGUAUUGUGAAAAAGAGUGCAAGAGAUACACAACCAGAGAACCUUGAGACAAUCCUGCAGUACAUCAAAGAGCAAGAAGCAGUAGUGCAGCAGCUGGAGGGUCAAAGAGACAACAUUUUCUCAACCAUCCAGCGAGGAAAGGACCUCAUGAGGGACCAGAAUGCACCACUUUUUGUUAGUGCUAUGCUGCAAAUGCUUGAAGCAAAAUGGAAUGAAGCUUAUAAUGGAUCAGUUGAUAAAUUUAAUAAAUUGAAAAGCACUCAGAAAGUAUGGUCUGAUUACAGUGAUCAGAAGAAUGAAAUUUUGAAGCUAAUAGCACAAGCAGAGUCUGAACUCUCAAGCAUUAUCAAUCAUAAUAAUCCUCAACAAGUUGCUAAUGAGCUCAGCAACAAACAGGAGAUGAGUGACCACUUAAGUGAGACAACUGACCAAAUGUUACGAAAGUUACACAGCCACUCUAAUAACCUUGCCAAACUUGCUAACCCUGAAAGAAAACCACUACUAGAGAAAGAAGUCAUAGAAAUUGAGCAGCGAAUGCAGACAGUUAUUGAUACUGUAUCUCAGAAAAUUGAAUUCUUGGAACAGUUGAAUGUGAAAUGGGUUCACUUCACAGGUACAUUACAAGAAUUGAAGUCAUGGCUUACAAAUGCACAGAACACUCUGGAACGUCUUGUUACUCUUGAAAUGACACCUGAGGACAGGAAUGCUCAAACAGUUGAAUUGCAAAGUAAGAUUAAUGAAAAAUUGGCUGUCAUUAGGACUUUAGAGGAGGAAGCUGAAGAACUCCUUGAAGGAGAACCAUCUAAUGAUGCUCUUCAGUUCAGUGGAGAACUUGGUGAACUAAAGAUGAACUUUGGCAACUUAAGCAGACAUACAGAAAAGCAUGCAGAGACUGUAAAAAGUGAUCUAAGACAUUGGAAGGAUUAUCAGGAAGAGCUUAGAGAAAUAAAGCCUUGGUUGGAGGUUGCUGAAACUAAAGUUGCUGUUGGACUAGGCAAACCCAAUUCCAUGCAAGAGGCAAUCCAGUCUUCUGAACAAGCAAAGGAAUUUGAGAAACAGUGUGAUGACUGUCUGGAAAAGCUUCGCUCAGUUUCCUCCAAGAGUGCUCAAGUGGCACGCAUCUGUCCAGUUGUUGAUGAAAUAGAUGCUCUUCAUUCCCGAUGGGCUGCAAUUCAUGACGUUGCCUUGCAAUGGAGUGAAAAAUCAGAAUCCCUUCUUGUUGAGUGGGAAGAUUUUAAUCAUAAAUGUGAUGCUGUAUCCUCUUGGAUCCAUCAAGUAGAGGAACGUUUAGAAAAAGCUAGUGAAUAUGCUCCUACAGUGCUCCGCCUUGAAGACCGACUAAAUACCCUUAAGGAUGUUGUCAAAGAGGUUGGUGAAAAACAGACAGAUGUUAUAAAUCUCACUGGUGUUGGAGACCAUAUUGCUACCAGCAUGGGAAGUGAAGGGAGUGCCUCUAUCAAGUCAACAAUAAUGGAGCUGAAGAACAUGAUUGCAAAGCUAAGUGAUGAAGUGCAUAAAAUGAAAAAUGAACUGUCAGAUGUGGCAAUUGUUCGUCAAGAAUUUGUUGCUAAAGUAGAAAACCUUGAAUCAUGGUUAAAUAACUUCAGCAACCAGUUAGAUGAACUUGAGGACAUAGAUGUGGAUGAGCUGGAUGGUUGCCCAGACACAGUCCAUCGCCUACAGCAGGAACACGAUGAAAAGCAAGAUGAAGUCACAGCUCUGGCAGAGGAGUGCCGGGACGUAGGGGACCGGUGUACAGGGAACGAUCGUGACGACCUCUUCACACAGUUUGAUGAUGCAGAGGCCAGGUUUGAGGGUUAUGGGGAAUUGAUCAUGUCCAAAAAACCAGCACUUCUCAAAUGGAAAGAGUUUUGGGAAUGGCACAAUAAUACUGAUGAUGCAUUAAAAGGCAUUAGUCAGCAACUUGAGACUAAGCUCAGUCUUAAUGACCUGACACAGAUAAGGAAAGAACUAACAAACCUUCAAGAGCAGUGUCGCUCAUGGGAUGAUGAGUCUUCUGAUCUUGCAGACCUUUGUAGUAAAGCUUCUGUGACCGUGAGAGAUCCAGACACCGGAUCUGUACUAGAAAUAGAAAGCAAUGUGAGUGACUUUAAAAACAGAAUGGAUCAAGUGGAGGAUAAUCUUAAUGACAAACAAGAUGAGUUGCAGCAAGUAAAUAACUUAUGGGAUGCAUUCCAUAAAGCCCAAAAUACAUUAAAUGAAUUUUUGGACAACAUAAACAACAGAGUCACAGAUGAAGAGCUCACCCAAAGCACAAAUGAAGGGGUCCAGAAUCUAUUAGAAACUGUUGAAGAAUCCCUCAAGGAAAUAAGGUUGCAGCUUAAAACAAAAGAUAAGUUGCACGAUCUGGGACGCAACCUGAUGUCCUGUGACUCAGCCCAGUUAGUGUCUGUCCAGAACAUUCUGACAGCAGUGGAUGGCCGCUGGGACAGAACACAAAAUAUGCUAUAUGAAAUGCAGGCCAAGUUUACUGGUAUUACUUCCCUGUGGAGGCAAUGCACAGAGGGACAAGAAAGUCUCCAAGGUGCAAUCACAGAAGCACAACAGAACAUUGAAACCCUUGAAAAUACAUCUGUGGAGGCUGGUAGUGUUCAAACAAUGAUUAACCUCUGUAAAAAGACGACAGAUGCACUUCGUAAAACCAGACCUCAGCUGGAAAACUUCAUCACAAAAUCACAGCAUCUCUGUCAGCAACUGGAAAGUGUGGAAGGAUUUGACUCAAGUGAUGUGCACAAACUAGCACAAGAAAUUCAAAAUAAGUGGCAAAGUAGAAUGGAUCAUCUUAACCAGUUGUCACAGAAUCUCGAAGGGCAACUUGCUCUUUGGAAACAAAUUUUACAAGGUCGUGAUGAACUCCUUACUUGGCUAACAGACACCAGUGAAGCCUUAGAAGAAACUCAAACAAAAGAUAGGGAGGAAGCAUCAGAAAAAUUAGAGAAAUAUAAAAAUGAUUUGCCAAAUUAUGAAGGCAUGUUCCGCACCCUUCAGAGCCGUGCAAAGCAACUUGAGUCAUUGAAUUAUGGGACUUCCAUUGAUAAGAUUGAAGAAAUAAUCAGCUCAAUAACAAGUGAAUUUGAAGAAGCUGAAGCUUCUGCCUCCAAACUUAGUGCACUACUUGAUGAAAUAAGUGAACAAGAAGCCAGUAUCAUUGAUGACAUUAAAGAAAUCAGUGAAGCCUUAGCUCACAUUCGUGACCGAAUCAUGAAAUGUGAAGAUAUUACAGGUGAUGAUAAAAAGAUUCUUGCCCGCUUAGAUGUUGCCAGGAAAAUUGAUGAUGAGCUUGAAGAAUAUGCUGAGAAAAUCAAGACUAUUAAGUCUGACAUUGAAGAACUCAAGGAAAAUUUCAAAGGUUUUGAAGCCAGCAAACUAGCAAAGGAAUUUGCAGCCCUUGAAAAGAAAUAUGAAGUUAUAGAAGCACAAUCAUCAAAAGCAUAUACCAAUCUUUACUAUGUAAUUGAGAAGCAUUACAAAGAUAGACUUAAAUCACUUCAGAGAUUUAUUGAAGUUCACAAAGAAAAAAUUGCCUGGUGUCAAGGGGAACCAAAUAAUGAUAGAUAUGGUGUUGAAGCAAAACUUUCUGCAUUGUCAGAUAUAAAAGGAAGUUUGAAACUUGGUUUUGCAAAGAAGAAGGAGGUUGUUACAAGCCAAGACCUAUAUGAGCAAAUAGUAGAUGAUGAAGAUAUUGAAGAAGUACAAAAUGAAUGUGAAGCAGCCUUUACAGAAUUGAAGGAACUAGAUGACAGUCUCAUUGAAUGUCAGACUUCCCUGAAUGAAGCCUUGGCUCUGUGGCAGCAGUACGAGUUGAUGACAGAGAAUCUGAGUUCCUGGUUGAAGGAAGUUGAAUCACGUAUGCGCUCUGAGACCAUGAACCAGAUUGAUAUAAGUAUGGUUCAAGAGAAGAUUGAAGAAACUGAAGCUCUUCUAGAGGAAGUGAAUAGCCACGAUGAUGAAUUAUAUGAACUCAUGGAAAAGACCGAAGAACUUCUAGAGAUGAACCCAGACUGUAGGGCAGGAGAAUAUGCCAAUCAGUUACAGAGCAGGGUGCAAGCACUCAUUCAGUUUUGUAAUACAUUCCUAAGUAAACUUAAUCAGUUAACUAAAGAUCAAAAACUUUAUGGGGAAACUAUUGUAAAAAUGGAGGAAUGGUUGAAAGAUGCUGAGGAGAAACUCAAAGGCUUUGAGCAAUUGACACGUGGAGGAGGAAAACCAACUGUAGCUUACCAGUCCAAACUCCAAAGUUUGAAAUCUUUUGUUGAGGAAAAGAAAAAUGGCCAGCAGUUGUUGAAUGCUGUGGUAGAGCAUGGAGAAGCCUUAUUCUCUGCCAUCACACCCGAAGGACGAGAAAAAAUACGGUCAGAUCUCCGAAAGCUUAGAGAUACUUGGGAGGCUCAUCUGGAUAAAGUGAAUCAGUUGUACAAACGUGUUGAAAGCAUAAUAAUGCAGUGGUCCUCUUUUGAUGACAACUUCAGUCAAGCAUCCAAGUGGUUAGAGGAAACUCAGAGCAGAGCUGGAGCUGAAUUUGAAUUAAAGCCAACUUUGUCAGAAAAGAAAGCACAACUGCAACAGUACAAAACUAUUUAUCAAGAUAUCAAUUCCCAUGAAAGCAUGAUUUAUGGUCUAAAAGAAAAGGUAGAAUUUUUGACAGAUGAGGAGACCUCAGAGACUGUUGAUGACAUGAUUGAUCAGUAUCAGGAAAUGGUGUCAGAGACUCAGAGAAGGAUUGGCCUCUGUGAGGAAUACAUACAGCAACAGGAAUCUUUCCUCUAUCACCUGGAGAAGUUUAGAGAUUGGCUCACUUCACAGAAGGCAGAACUAUCUAUGUGUUCUGAUGUUUCACCCGAAAGUAGCGAUGCACAAAUGAAAAUGAACAUUCUUGAUUCACUUGAAGAACAUGAAGAAGAGGGUCAGGCACUUGUAGAUAUGUGUGAGAAAAGCUUAAAGUCAACUCUCAGAAAUACUGACCCAUCAGGGCAUGCAGCCAUUAAGGGAGAUCUUGAUGCACAAAAGAAAUGCUGGCUGACCUUGCAAUCUGACAUAACUGAGGGCAAAAGGAAAUUGCUUGAAAUCAUGUCUCAGUAUAAUGAAUGUGAAGACAAGGUUCAGACACUGAAGAACUGGAUAAAAGGUAUUGAAAUUAGAGUUAAAGAUCAAUCCCUCAAAAGCAACCUGGAAGCAAAGGAAAAUCACCUUGAUAAUCUUAAAGAGCUAGAAAAGGAGAUCAUUGACAAAGGACCAGAAAUCAGUGAAGCUCUGUCUCAGGCUCAGAGUAUCGACAGUGAAGGAAAACAUGCUGUCCAGAUCUCUCAGAUGUUCUCCCGUUAUCAGGCUCUCAAGAAUGCACUGAAGGAGAUGAUAAGUAGGUAUGAACAAUUUAUCCGUGAGCAUAGAUCAUUUUUGGAGAAGUAUGAAGAGUGCACAGAGUGGGUUGAUGCUCUGGAUCAUGAUUUAAGAGAACAUGCCGAAGUUGUGGGUGAUAUGAAGAUUCUACAAAUGAGACGAAAGAAAGUAGAGCAACUCAUUGAACUGAAAUCAAGCCAGAGUAGCAAGGUUGAUGCUGUGCUUGAGCUGGGUGAGCGACUGUAUUCGCACACAGCUCCUGAUGGCCGGGAAAGCCUGCGCCAGAGUCUGCGGGAUUUGAGAGAGAGGUGGGAGGGCUGGUGUGAGUCAGUUACCAGUGCUGGUUCAACCCUUGACCAGUGCCUACAGCAGUUCUCAGAUUUCUCAGGAGCACAGGAACAGCUCACUCGCUGGCUUCGAGAUGUAGAACUGGCCAUGCAGCAGCACACUGAGUUGAAGAAUUCCCUCCAGGAGAAAACAGCUCAGCUGCAGAACCACAAACUAGUGCAUCAGGAGAUUCAGGCUCACCAGAGUCUUGUGGAAAUGGUGUGUGAGAAAGCCCAAGCUCUUGUUAAUCAGACACAGGACAAGACACUGAAUGUGUACAUACAAUCCAUCCAAACUCUCUUCCACAACAUUGUGCUGAAAAGUCGAGACCUGCAGGACAAGUUAGAGUUGUGUGUGCAGGAUCAUGGUCAGUUCAACUCACUGUGCAAGAGCUUUGGUGACUGGCUGAAUCUGCAGCGUGACCAGCUACACCUGUGUGCUGACGUGUCAGGCGAAAAGUCUGAUCUUGUCAAAAAGCUGGACAACUUGAAGAGGGUAGAAACUGAACUAAACACCUGUUCACAACUUGUUCCAGUGACACUUAUCAUUGCCAAGGACCUAGAAACAGUGCAUGGCACUGGAGAGAAAAAAUUGACAGAAUUGCGCAAACUUGGUGAAAAGGUUUCACUGAGUACCUCAGAACGAGGUGGGAAGGCCCUCAAAGCGACAGUCACAUCCAUGGAAGAUGCCUGGAACCAGCACAUUGCCAACGUUGAUGAUGUUCGGAACAACCUGAAAACAACCCUGGAACAGUGGAAGAAGUUUGAGGAUAUAGAGAAACAUUCCUCUUGGUGCAGAGAAAUGGAGUCUUUCUUUAAAGAUCAACCUCUCUGUGCCACCCUUGAAGAGAAGGAAGCUCGAACGGAAGUCUUGUCUCAGAAGCGGGAGGAAGUUGUUCAAUAUGAGAGGGACAUUGAUGUAUUUGUUGACCAGAGUCAUGCACUUGUCCGUGUCUCCAGCAUUGACCGGCUGAAGCCACUCAUCACUCAGCUCAGCAACAGGUACCAGAGCCUGCAUGUCCUCACCAAGGAAGCUGUCACAAAGUGGAGAGGUAUUGUGACAGAUCAUGAGGCAUUUGAGGAGAAGUUUGAAGAAAAUAGUAAAUGGUUAGACACUGUAGAAGAAGCUUUGGAUGAAUAUCUCAGUGAAACAGAUUCUGAGAAAAAGAACAGCCAGUUGCAACACCUCAUGAGUGAACGAGAACAAGCCACUCACCGCCUGGCCUCCAUAACUACCAGUGGUGAGAGACUCUACCCAGACACUGCAACAAAUGGCAGAGAAAAGCUACGGCAAGACUUGAGGGCCAUGCGUGAGCGCUGGGAGAGGCUGGAGGAAUCCAUGGUAAAUGAACAGCGCAAGCAAGAGGCUCAAUCCAUGCAGUGGUCUUCCUUCUCAGACAGCAUCCAAACAGCCCGCAACUGGCUGGACAACGUGGAAAAGACCAUUGUUGUUGAUCCCUCCAAUUGGUUGUCACUUCAAGAGCUUCGAUCAAGGCUACUUAAGUUGAAGACAACCCUUCAAGACAUCACUUCACACAAGCGAGUGUUGGAUACUGUGAAGGAACGUGCCGGCCACCUGCUGCAGGCAUCCCCAAGCAAUAAAGAGGUGAUGGAAGCCAUGAAGGAAGUGGAGCAGAGGCAUGAGGCCCUCGCUACAAAGACCAAGAAAAACAUUGAGGACUUGGAGUGGCUAACAGACAGCCUGACCACCCACCAGGAUCUCUCCUCCUCCCAGGCUGAGUGGCAAAAGGAAAUGUGGGAAAAACUUCAUUCUUAUACUGAUUACUCUGGAAACAAAACUCAACUGCAGCAGCGCCUAGACCGGGUGACUGAGCUGGAGGGCGGAAAGUGUGAUGGCAGGAACAUGAUUGCUCAGAUUGGUUCUCAUGCCAACCAGCUGAUGGCUAAACUCCCUGCCAGAGCCAAGGAAACAUUGGAACGUGACAUCAAUGGGAUGAAGUAUGAGAUGGCCAAGUUUGCCAGCACUCUGGCUGAUGUGAAACAUGGCCUGGAGGAGAGAUUGCAGCAAUGGACAGAAUAUGAGGGCACUUUUGACCGCAUAAUUUCAUGGCUUAAUGAGUCUGAGGCAUUGCUGAAGAACUACAGCCCCAAAAAUACCCUCCAGGAGAAGACUGAGCAGCUAGAUCGCUUCCAGGAAUUCCUGCGAGUAGUAGAUAGCCGGCAUAUGCUUGUGCACGAAUUCAUUGCAAUUGCUGAUAAUCUUGAACAAGUAAGACCUCAUCUUGUUUUUGUGGAAGGCCUUGUCUUCAGCAUCACACAAAACCAGGCUGAGAUUGACAAGAUGAGUGACGACUCCUCCGACCUGGUGGGGAUUUCUGGUGACACUCGAAUUUCUGUUAAUGUGCAGCAGAUCACAUCCAGGUUCAAGGCCAUCCAGGUCACUUCCAAGGACAUCUUGAAGAAAUGUGAAAGUGCUGUGAGUGAUCAUAAGGCAUUCAUAGACAAGUACAACCAGAGCGUUAGCUGGCUAACGGCAGCACAGGAUAAAUUAGCAAGGUGUGUGGAAAUGCAGGGAGACAGAAGCACUCUACGCAAGAGAAUGGAAAUAGGAAAUGAAUUGUUAGGAGAAAAGCAGACUGCUUUAUCUCUAUUGAACACAACUGUAGAACUGGGAGAAAAAAUCUACCCUUCAACCUCAGAAGAUGGCAGGGAAGCCAUAAGAAUUCAGCUGGAGGACCUGCAGGGAACAUUUGACACCCUCUUUGACAGUUGUGCCACAAUGGAAAGAGACCUUCAGAAUAAGCUGAGCCGAUGGAGCACCUUUGAAGAAGCAAGUGAACAACUCAAGUUGUGGCUGAAAGAGACCCAGGCUCAAAUGCCAGAUGAAAUUGAACUGAAAACAACUCUAGAUGAAAAGCGAGCUCAACUGCAAACCUACAGAGUUCUCGUGCACGACAUUCUUGCAAAGCAGCAGACUCUUCUGGAUGUGCGAGACAAGGCUGAGAGCCUUCCAGAGAGGUCUGAUCGUGUAAAUUCAUUUUUGGAAACAGCAUCUGCCCAUCACCAGGAAAUGCUUACUCGUAUUCAAUCAUAUCUAGAGCAAUAUGAAGGCAUUGUCAGUGACCACCAGCAGUAUAGUAAGGCAGUGUUUGAGACACAAGAGUGGCUAGAGGCAACUCAUCACCAAGUAGCAAUGUGUGAUGAGUCUCACUGUGAUCACAUAACUCUUCAUGCUAAUCUGGAGAAACUCAAAAACCUUCAGCUCAGUCUUCCUGAGGAAGAACCCCGAAUAAAUCAAAUAAGAACACUUGGAGAGAAAGUAAUUCCAGGUACAGUAGAGUCUGGCCAGAUUUAUGUCCGUAAUCAAAUUGAUUUAACACAGCAGGAAUGGCAAGGUCUUGUGUCUACUGUCUCUUCUACCAUAGAGAAGCUUGAAGCUACAUUGAGCCAGUGGGGAGACUUUGAAUCAAUGAAGGAUGCCAUUCAAAACUGGCUGCGCGAAACAGACAAUAAGCUUCAUGCUAUUAAUCUGAAUGUCACCCUGUCAGAAAAACAGGUAACUCUUGAGAUCUUAAAAUCUCUACAAGGUGAGGUGCGAGCCAAAGAAUUGGAGAUUGACCAGCUAACAGAACGAGCCCAGAAUCUGUACCAGGGAAGCAACUCUUCACGUGGCUCACAAGUUAGUGAAUUGUGUGCUCGCUACCAGAGAAUAUCGAAAAAGGUCAAAGACGUCCACUCUCGAUGGCACCAGUACGUCAGUCAUCAUGCAGACUUUGACAGCAGAGUAACAGAGUGCCAUAAUUGCUUACAAGACAUUAAGAAGAAGCUUAGCUAUUGUUCAGAUCUCUCAGCUACCUCUCAAGAAGAUCUUGAUAAGAAAAUGGAAACUAUCCAAGAUCUUCUGUUGUAUAAGGAGGAGGGUUUCUCAAAGGUUCAAGGCACAGUAGAACUUGCUCAGACUGUCCUAGCCAACACAGCCCCACCCGGUCAUGAAAGAAUCAAUCAGGUGGUUGAAAAUUUGCAGCAAGACUGGAGUACUCUUGCUUCAAAAAUGGUGGAGACAAAAACAUACCUAGAUGAAACUAUUCAUCGGUGGGCAGGCUUCCUGGAGAACAUCCACCAGCUGAACAAAACCAUUGAGCAUGUUGAGCACACCUUGUCUGAUGUCAGCCAGUUCCAGUCAACUCUCUCAGAGAAAAGAGCUCAGCUAGAAAGGCUUAAAAGCUUAGAGGAAAAGCUUCGGUGUGAAAAGUAUGAAGUUGAAAGUCUAAAGGUUAAAGCUUCAGAAAUGCUAGCAAGUGGACAGCAAGCUCAGGCUGCAUCACAAGCACAACACAUCCUAAAGCAGUUCGAGAAUCUGUCUGACCGGAUCAAGUCCCUGCGUGGAGAGCGGGAAACGCAGUACCGGGACCACCGGCACUACAAGGAGGCAUAUGAUGACCUGCAUGCCUUUGUUAACCGUACCCGUGACAAGAUUCCAGCGCUGAAGCAGAAGAAUUUGGGAGACAGACUUUCCAUUGAGACAGCUGUGCAGGCUCUGGACACCUUGCUGACCCGACAGGCACAGGGGCAAAUAUUGGUGGACCAACUGAUGCAUCGAGGGGAGGUGUUUUUACACUCUACCUCCUCUUCAGGCCAAGAGAAUUACAAGAAUGAGAUGCGGGCUGUGAGGGAGAGCUUUGAGGAAGUUUUCAAAGAAAUUUCCAAGCAAAAGCAGAACCUUGAGAAGACUGUGAUUCAGUGGCGAGAUUAUAAAGAUGAACACGAGAAACUUUCAGACUGGCUACAAAAGGCAGAUGCUGAUAUGAAGGCUUACAAAACCAUGUUGUAUGCCAGUAUUGGUGAGAAGACUCAACAAGUCAACAAUGUUAAGGAUCUGUUAGAAAAUCUUAACAAACAUGAAGCUCAACUGAAAAAGCUGAAUGAUCUAUCCAAAACCCUGCAAGAAACUCAUCUUGAUUCUUAUGUACAAAACCAGAUGCGUCACCUGAACUCAAGGUACCACGUGCUGGUAAACAUGGCCAAAGAUGUCCUUAGAAAGGUGGAGGCCAGCUUUGACCAACACAAACAAUAUGAGAACAAUUUGAAGAAAGCACGAGAAUGGAUGGAUAAUGCCCAGAUGGUUGUUAGGGACUGCAUGGAUAUGUCACCAGAUUCUGGAAAGGAGAGCAUUGAGCGACAUCUGGAUAUGAUUCAAGCCUUGAUGAGGAAGCAGGAAGAAGGGCAGUCAUUAGUUCAUCAAGCUGUCAACUGGGGAGAGAAGGUACUGCGCAACACACGUUCUGAUGGUCGGGAUGCCAUCAAUGACUCUAUGGAAAACUUACAGAGUGACUGGGACAAACUCAUCAAGAAGCUAUCUAAUGCAAAGGUGUCCCUGGAGACUAACCUUCUUCAGUGGGCUGAUAUGAGUGCCUCAUACAACAAUAUGCAGCAGUGGAUAAGUGAGAGGGAAGCAAAGCUUCAGCAGCUCACCUCAGCAGUGACUGCUGCCAACAAAAAGACCUCAGGACUUUCUCACAGAGUAUCCUCCCUGACCAUUGGGGAACGCAAGGCUAAUCUUCGACGUACCAACAGCAUUGUGCAGGAUAUAGUUUCCUUUGAGCCAAUGAUUGAGUCAGUCACGUCUAAAGCUACAGAGAGUCAAGCCAGCCAGAUGAAGAAUAAUGCAUCAGAAAUCUCUAAUAAGUACCACAACUUGAGUAAGCAGGCAAAGGAACUGUUAGAGAAACAGAAGGAUAUGGUUGACCACCAUCAAGAAUUUGUUGAUGCAGGUAAUGAAUUCAUGCACUGGCUCAGAGCUGCCAAGGAAAGGAUGGCUAAGUGUGCUGAGCCAACUGGGGACAAAGACACCAUAAGUGGCAAGGCAACUGUUCUCAAGAUGUUACAAAAUGAACAGGAGGAAGGACAAAAGAAGCUGGACAAGGCUUUCACUCUGGCAGAAAAGGCAUGUAAUCUAGCAGAUGAUGAGGACAAGGAAGUGAUAGAAGAAGAAGUUGCAUUCCUACAGGAUGAGUUUGAUAAUUUCUUGGGACAAGUUGGUAAAACAAAAAAUCUUCUUGAGAUGGGCAUAGUCAAGUGGACAGAAUAUGAGGACAAAUUUAGGGAAUGUGAGGAUUGGCUUGGCAAAAUGGAUAAAAAGGUUCAGGGUUACAAUAAACUCCAGAAUACUGUACAAGAAAAGAGAGCAGUGUUGGAAGAGUUCCAAGGAACCUUACAGAUGAUAUUUGAUUGGCAAAAGACUCUUGAUCUGUUGAAUAUGCGUGCACAGCUGUUGCUUGAGACUUGUGCUGACUCUCGUGUGAGUAAUGCAGUCACGCAGCUCACCACCAAGUACAACACACUGCUAUCCCUCGCUAAGGAGGUGAUGAGGCGUCUAGAGAUGCACUUCCAGGAGCACCAUCAACAUAACCAACUGUACAGUGAGUGCAAUGAGUGGAUCGAAAACACUCGCAGGAAACUCACUGAUGCUUAUGGUGAAGCUACAAGCAUGGUAGAACUCAACAAGCAGCUGACUGCUGUGAAAGCUAUCAAGAACACCUUGGAAAAUGGCCAGCAUAAACUUCGCUAUGUUUUGGAGCUUAAAGAAAGGGUGAUAAUGAACACAGAGCAGCAAGGUGCAGCAAGAAUACAAGAAGAUACAGAAAGUGUACGCAAAGAUUUUGAGAAAUUAAUGGCUGACAUAUACAGUUUUCACCAAAGUCUUAGUACAAAAAUCUCAAGACGAGAAGAGACAGACAAGAUGCGUGAUACUGUUGCUGAAUGGCUGGAGGAACUCAACACAAAGGCCUGUGAGCAAGGUGUGCUGUUCAGUGAACUCAGCGAUAAGCGCGCUGCUCUGGAGAAGUACCGCAUCCUUCUGCGGGACAUUGUGGCUCACUUUGACAUGGUGGAACGCCUUGCUGGGAAGACAUCUGAUGAAGGUUACUCUCAGAAAGAGGUGGAUGAAUGUUUGAAUAAAUAUGACAACAUUAAGAAAAAGGUCAUGGAUAAUAUUAAAACUCUUGAGGUGUAUGUCAAGGAACAUGAGUCCUAUCACUGUGCUGUGAUGGAAGCCAACGACUGGCUGAGGAAGACCCGUAUCACAAUGCAGCAGUUUGCUGACAGCCAUGGGGAGAAGAAAGAGGUGAUUGAAAAGCAGCAACAACAAGAAGACAUUGCUGAAGAGUUAAUUGAAGGUGAAGAACUGAUUGAUAAGGCCAUUGAUCUCAACAAAGCUCUGAGGAAUUCUACAUCAAAGGAAGGACAGGAGACACUAUGUAGUGAGGCAAACAGUCUCCGCAUGGAGUGGGAGUCUCUGCAGCAAAUGAGCAUUGACAUCCGCCGCACCAUGGACAAGUGCCUGCAGACAUGGAAUGAGUUCACAGAGAGUCACAAGGAGUUCUCUGACUGGCUUGAACGCUUCCAGCAGCAAAUGAAAGAUGAGCCUGAGGAGCCCACGCCAGAGGACCUUGAGAACUGGAAGAAAUCUUUGCAGGAGCUUCUUGAGGAGGCAAACGCCAAGAAGGUCCACCUGGAGGUGCUCAACGACCGGUGUGAGGUGCUGAUGGACUACAGCGCCCACACCCCUGUCAGGGACAUGACUGUCCAGCUCCAGGCAUCCUACACCAAUGCCCUCACUAACCUACAGAGUCUGGUUGUGGUGGCCCAGAAGACCUUAACAGACCACACAGAAUUCAUCACCUCAAAAGCUGAAUUUGAACAAUGGCUUGGGCGUGCCCAGGGUACAGUCAAUGACUGCCAGGAUGAUGAGGGUUCUGAGGCAGAGGUCAGAGACAAGCUCCACACUGUCAAACUGGUGUCAACAAGACUGUCUGAAGGUCAGCAUCUCCUUGGGGUGAUGUCUGACAACUACACUCAGGCUCUUAACCUCACCCAGCUGGACCAGCAGGACACCAUUCGAAAAGACUUCACAAAACUGAGAAAUGCAUGGGAUCAGUUUAAUAUUUCACUCACCUCCACUUUGUCAAAUCUAAAGAGUGCUGUAAAUCGAUGGGAAGAGUUCAAUGAAUCUCAGAGCAGGUUAGACGCUUGGCUAGUGGAAGUGGAAGAGAUGCUUGUGGAGACACCAGACUCUCGUGGUGAGGUGGCUGAGAUGAAGACUUUCAUGGAGCGCUACAAGCAUCUUUCUCUCCAGAUCCAGGAGAAGGAAGAAGAGGUUCAGGCUCUUAUUGAUGAAGCAGAAGAUUUUUCAGAAAAGGCAUCGGACAAUGAUAUCCUAACACGCAUGGAAGAAGCAGAAGCCAAGUGGAGUCGGCUCAAUAGUCGGUGUAAUGAGAUCAUAGCUAAGCUGGAGGAAGAGAUUUCUGACUUUAGUGAGUAUCAGUUUGCUUUACAGGACACUGAAAAGUGGCUUCUUCAAAUUAGCUUCCAACUUAUGGCUGAAAAUGCUCUGUACAUUUGCAAUAGGGAACAGACAGAAGAACAAAUUGAGAGCCACAAUGAGCAAGUGGAUGAAAUAGUUGAAUAUCAGCAAACUCUGGAAGAAGUGAAAAACAAGGGCAGAAAACAGAUUGAUCGCUACAUCGGCACAGUGCCAGCCAUUCAAGACAAGAUUGAGCACCAGCUUCACAAUAUUCAAGAAAGCUAUGACUCAUUGUUAAGCACAGCUACUCACAUACAGAAACGCCUCAAUGAGUCCUUGGCUAAAUUUGAAGAGUAUGAAGCUACACUCGAGUCAAUUGAGAAAAACUUAGAGGAAUGGGAGCCAGUUAUUGCUGAAGAAAAUGACACCACUAUCCAAACCAUGGAGGAGGCCAAGUACCACCUGGAAUGUACAAGGUCCUGGCACAGUAAGUUGCUGGGAGAGAAGUCCCGGCUGGCCUUUGCAGUGCAGGCAUGUGAAGCGGCCACUGCCUCCAUCUCCCGACCUGGCUCCCCUCAGGAUGUCAUUUCCCAGUCCAUCCCUGAAAAUGAACUUGCUGUGCGAGCCAAGCUGGAAGACCUCAUUGAACAGGUUCAAGCCAGAGUGUCAACAAUUAGCAGUUCAGUGAAUGAGUUAGAGGAGCUUGGCCGCCAGAAUGAUGCAAUCAAGAAGUGGAUUGAGGAAUACCACAUCAUUGUCCAGGAUUUCAAGAGUCGCCCUGCCAAGUUACGGUCUGAAGCUUCAUCACAUGAGAUAUCUCAGAUGAAUGACCUUCGUGCUAAGAUCAUGGAGAAGCAAGCUAUUCUGGAUGAGCUUGAAAUCAAGCAGAUGAACUUGGCUCCUGACAUUGCAGAGUCAGACAUUCGUGAACAAAUGAACCAACUUGAAGAGGAAGUAACCAACCUGAUAGAUUCCCGUACUGUUGUCAUUCAACAGAUUGAUGAGUACAGAAGUAAACUUCAGCAGGUCUAUGGUUGGUUCGACACAAUUAUCAAACAACUGGAAAAGUGCGAUAAGAGUGAAAACUUUGAUUCUGGUAAAAAGUCCACUGAAGUACAGAAGUUAUGGAGUCAGUUUGAAGAUGCUCAUUCAAUGCUGGAGGAACUCAAAGUAAAAGCUGGAGAAGUGAUGGUUGAGCUCUCCAGUUUGGAUGUUCAGCAAGUAGAGGAACAACUGAGAUCAGUUGAGAAGAAAUAUGCAGACUUACAGAAGCGUGUUGGGAAGAAGAUGCAAGUUAUUGAAAUGACAAGAAAAGGUUAUGAAGACUCCAAGAAUGACAUCCUCAACCUGCAGACAUGGCUGAGAGAGAAACUAGAAUUCACCAGAAAUCUCCCUCUCCUGGGCUACACCAGCAAGGCAACAGAAGUCAAGUUACUGGAGAUAAAUGAUCUUUCCAAAGAGGUCUCAUCAAAGAGAAUUUUAAUCACACAACUAGAAAAAGCAGUUGAGAACUUGAAGGGUGACAUUGAGGAUUCUGAAAUCCUCAAACUUGAGAACAUAUUGAGUAAGAUAACAGAGGAACAAAGAAACAUUUACUCUAUUGUGAUGGAAAUUAAGAAUGAUAUGAUUGUGUCAUACGAAGAACGACGAAGCUUUGAACAGUCGUUGGAUCAGGUCCGCGCAUGGAUCAGUGGCAAAUCUGAUGAAGUGGUUUGCCCAGACCUCCUGCCUCUUAAGUCAGAAAAUGCAGAACGCAUUGUUGAGAAAUACAGACGACUAGAUACAGAAUUGAAGCAAUAUGCAGAAACAAGUGUUGCUGGUGUUAAAAGACAAGGAAGUGCAUUGUUUAAGGACUGCACAGAUGAAGAAAAAGAGGAUUUGCAUGACAUCUUGACAGAAAUAGAUGACAAGAUGAAUAAUGUCCGUCAAACAAUGUCUGGAACACUAAAUCGCCUCUCUAAUCUUUUAGAAGCAAGACGUGACUUUGAGAAAGAAGUUGACAUUGCCCAGAAAUGGCUUCAUCAAGCUGAGGUUGCUUUGCAAACUGAUACUAAGAGUCUCAACACUGCUGAGGUUCUGGCAGAGCAACUCAAAAAGCUGGAGACUAUGGAAGAUGAACGCGAAUCUGCAAACAAACGUGUGACCAGCAUUGCCAACUUGUGUGAAGACCUGUUACCUUACAUCACAGAGACAGAUAAGUUCAGCUUGGGAGAGAUUGUGGCUGAUGUUCAAGACAAAACUGCAAGGGUUAACAAUUCCAUCAGUGACAAAACAGAACAGGUUCGCAACACUAUUACACUUCUCCGCCGCAACAAAGAACGAAUUGUCCAAACAACCCAAUAUUUCUCCUCUAUCCAGAAGGAAAUUAAAGCUCUCAGUAGACCUGUGGGUCGCACUGUAGAUGAUGCUCAGAAGCUUCUAACCUCAUAUCAGGAAGUAUUGAGCAAAUUGAAUGAUUUCAGGAAGAACCUUGAUGGAGUUCACUCAGGAACAGAUGUCAGUAUUGGGGAAAUGCGUGAUAUUAUGAAGCAACAGCAAGAUCUCAGUCAGAUUGUGGAGAAACACAUUGUGAGGGUCCGUCAGCUGAUCCUGGUGAGGCAGCAGUACAUGUCCCUCAUCACUGAGAUCAUUGGAUUCACUAAUCGAUACAAAACUGUUGUGAAGGACAUUGAACAAACUGAAAAAACAGUUAAUGAUAAGCUUCGCAAGUAUGGUCUCGUAAUAACUAAGAUACAGGAAUGUGAAGCUCAGUUGACAUCUGCACAAGAUAAAGGCUCAAUAAUCAGUGAAGAAGGAACUGUUGAGGACCACAAUGCCAUUAUGGAACAGCUGCAGCUUGUUAAAAACAACCUCAGUGCUCUUCGUCGUGAAGUAGAAAAGCGGCACUCAGAACAUGAAGUAUCAGCUGAGAGUCACAAACGCAUCCACAUUGAACUAAACACGACCAUGGAAUGGCUGUUGGAGCAAGAGUCUGAGCUGAAGACUCGGCCACUUCUUACUCUGGAAGUGGAGAGUGCCAAUGAAGAAAUUGAAACUCAUGAAGAACUUGCAAACGACAUUGAGGAACAAUUGAAGAAGAUACGCACCAUCCAGGAAAAAGCAAAGUCUGAAACUGGUCUGCCAUAUUUCUUGCAGGAAAGACUGUCAGAAGCAAAAAUGAUCCUUUCUACUUUCCCACUAGAAUUAGACUCUAGACUGAAGUAUCUCCAAGAUGAAAAGAUGCUCCGACUUGACUAUGAAGAUUUUGUGUCCAAAAUCAAUGAUUGGAUUGGCAAGGCUCAUAAACGAAUUGUUGAAAUUGACUGUGUUGAUUUUGAUAAUGUGCAGGCGGAUCUAGAAGACCAUUUAGCUUUCUUCUCAAGUGAAGGUUUGAUAGGUGAGUCUCUUGAACAGCUAGGUAACAUUGCCGAGCGCAUUGUUCCAUCCCUGACAAAUGAAGAUCAAGACAGACUUACCCAGGAACUUUCACAGCUGACUAAAGACCUUGACCAUGUUACUAAGUCAGCCAGGGACCACAAAUCCCAGCUUGAGAAAAAUGUUCAACUUGCAUUGGAUUAUAGCAAGAUCUUUGAGCAGGCCAGAAGCCUCAUAGAAGAUGCCAGUAUUAACACUCUUACAAAUGAUAGUGCCAUUAAUGUGGCAGCAUUAAGAGUGAACUUGCAAAGAAUGGACGAAGAGCGGAUGCGCCUCUAUGACCAGAGCCAUGUUAUUUCUGACUUUACUGAAAAGGCCAAUGAGCUGCUGCAGCAUGCAAAUAAAACCAGUCAAGUGGCUAUAGGCAAUCAACUUCUAGAAAUAACAAAAGAGUGGAAGUAUGCAAUGAGCAACAUGGAAAAUCGCCGUGAAGCACUGGCAUCCCUCAUCAGCCAGUGGCAAGACUAUGAUGUGGCCGUGAGGAGCCUGGAGGUGGGUCUGGACAACCUUGAGCAGCGUCUCAACAAGGACCUGGACACCACCAUCACAGACAAUCAAGACAUGGAUGCUGUCAAGGACACUAUCCAGUCCCUGGAAGAGGAGGCUGAGGACUUCGAGGAAGAGAUUGAGAGCCUGCAGGGGCAGGCUGAGGUGGUACUCCAGUACUUGCACACCGUUAGUGCCGUUGCCUACACCACUGCCAAGGAGAAGCUUGAAAGACUCCUUCGUCGCCAUCCCGAGUUGGUCGAGAGCCUCCGAGGUAAGCUGACGUGGCUGAGCGGCGAGGCGGCCUUCGUGGAGCACCUUCAGGCCCAGUUGGACGACGCCACACGAGCUUUGCACGACGCCGCUACAGACAUCGCUGCGCUGGACUUGUAUCACCACGACCACGCCGCCGUCCAGGACAAAUUACUGAGUGUUGGAUUACGUGUGAACCAGACAGCCAGCGAGGCCAAGCACCUCAUCGGCAAGACCAAGAGCCACUACAUUACUGAAGGCCGAUCACUCCCGCAGGACGUCGCUAGUCAAUUGUCGAGUCUUGAGCUAGAGGCAGAAAGUCUUGUAGCAAAGAUGGAGGACGAGCACCAGGAGGCGAAGCGGGCGCGCACCAUUCGUUUCGAGUAUAAUCGAGACGUGGAGUCGGUACAAGCCUGGAUACAGGCAGCGGAGGCCAAGGUGCAGGAUAAGAGCGUCGAGCCACACAAACUAAAGGAGUUCUUGCAGGAAAUACACUGCGAAAUCGGAAGUGUGACGGACCAGUUGGAGCGACUGACUCGCCAUGGACACAUGAUCUGUCAACGGACCAGUAACCAGGGCGAGCGGGAACUGGUAGCCAACACCAUUACCUCCCUCACUGAACAACUCCAGCAAGUCAAGAAUUGGCUGGAAGACAAAAAGGCGCAGGUUGGAGACUCCCUGGAAUCAUGGCAGCUCUUCAUUCAGCUGUACAACUCACUUCGCAGCUGGGUGGAGAGGCAGCGCAACUUCCUCUCUGAACCCCUCAAAUUUGCCACUUUACCUGAAGCUCGUGGAAAGCUCCAAGAAUAUGCCGCUGCCGUGAAGGACUGCAAGUGGGCCAAUAAACAGGCUGCGGAGAUGACCGCUGAGCUGGCUAAGAUUGGCCAGUGUUCUGAUGUGGGCCCCCUCACGGACAAGCAAGCAGAGAUGGAGCAGGAGAAGGCGGAUGUAGAGAGCAACCUGAAGGAAGUGAUGGCGCUGCUACAGGAAAUGGCUGAGGAGUGGGAACAAUGUGAGCGUAAGUCUAAAGAUGUGGCGGGAUGGAUUGAGAAGACGCGUCAGUCGCUAGAUAACCCACAAAACAAGAAACGCUCACUGCGUGACCAGCUGGCUAACAGGGAGAAGGUGUUGGCAGAUGUCUCCAUACAGAAGACCAAACUGGUGAUGGCAAUGGAGAAACUACAGGUCCACUUCCGUGACCGUAUGUGUGCCGAGGCCCAGGUGUCCCACGAGAAUGAGAAGCUGCAGAGGCGCCUGGAUGAGCUGCAGGUGGCGGUGAAGGAGGACUGCCGGACUCUGGAGGCGUGCGUGCACCAGAUGGACGCCUAUCAACAGGAGAUCCAGCGCCUCCGUCAGCAGAUGGUUGGGGUGGAGCAGCAGCUGCGCAUCGUGUCCAGCCCCACUUACAGCCCACGCGACCGUGACAAGGCAGUGGCCGAGCAGAACGUGCACCAGGGCCAGUGUGAGUCUCAUGAACGACUCAUUGCCCAGCUCACCGAACGAAUCUACCAGAUUGACCCCUGUGCGGUGAUUCCGACCGAGCUAACUCUAGAAACGACCGAACCGAGCACUCUGGCUUCAACGCUUGAUACAGCCAGCGGAGAGGAGGUGCGGGCUCCCCCCCUGCCCCCUAACGCUGACUCUGAGGUCCAGGUCAUGGUCACCCGUGAGCUGCCCGCCAGUGAUGCUGACGGUCUGGACUUGGAGGUGAACACCUUGACGGACCCCAACAUGAGGAACAUGCAGCAGCACACCAGCACCAUGCUUGCCACUCCUGAUGCAGGGAUUCAACUCACCUGGGCAGAUGUUGCCGCAGGUCGAAAAAGUCCUGGACUGUUUGGUCAGGCAUGUUUUGAGGAAAUGAACAUGCCCCAAGUUACGUCUAAGCAACAGGAAGUUCUAGAAACUGAAACACCACUGGAAACCACUUCAGUACCUACAGCACCAGCCUUCAGUGGAGAACCAGCAGUAGAAGAGGGUAUCAUCAUGGAAGCAGCUGCUGAAACUACCAUUCUUGAGGACCCCAUCACAAGCACAUCACAGACUGUUGGAUCUGCUCACAGAGAUGAAAAACAAAUUCGUGAGCAUAAGAAUCGCCAGCAACAGCCUUCAAAGACUCAGAAACCACCCAGCUUUGAUCAAGAUGGCAAGACUCAAAAGCGAAGCCAACCACGUGAUCGCAGGUAUCGAAAGAAGCAACAGGAACAGCAGCCUGAGGCUUCCAGCUCUUCAGAUGCUCAGGAUGAAGUGUAUUAUGAUGCCCCAAGUCGAAGAAAUAGUCAAAGAAUGAGCCCCAAGAGAGCCCCCUACACCAAGCCCAGACCCAGUCCCCGUGAGAGUCCUAAAGACACACCAAUGGUAACUCCAAAGACAAGUCCAACUGAGAGUCCAAAAUCAAGCCCUCAGGUUGAGCGUCGUGACAACCCAAGAAUCACUAAGCCAGAGUAUCAAGAGCCACCUCAAUCCUCAAGUGAGGAAGUCAGGCACCAUAGAGGCCCUGAACCCAUGACCUGGGAUGGGAGGAAGACUUAUGCAGAGAUUCUGAAGGGUAGUCAAGAAAUGAGAGCACGCAGAGAGAAACAGCCAGUCAUGGAAGCCCCACCACCACCACCACCACCACAGUAUAUAUCUGAUGAGGUGGACCAGCAACCUACCUAUGUGGAAGUGUCCACCCAAGCCAGUGAGAUGCUUGAAGAAACUCCUGCCACCCUUGUGACUGAGCCAGUGCCUCCCAUUGUUGAGAGUUCAGAAUGUUUUGAGGCUCAUCAACAUGAGUAUGAGAUGUCUGAAGUGUCACCUGCAGUCGAGGAAGCUCUGCCACCACCACCACCACAACCACAGCCAGUCUCUCAGCAGAUACAAGAGGAAGCACCAGUUGUUAUGCCACCAUUCACAGCUUAUCUGGAGCAAAACAACUUCAUGCCUGAGAGUGUGGAUAUCACCCAGAGCCAUGAGCAAGGGUACCAGCAAAGUGUGAGCAUGCCCAUGUUCCACCACGGACAUCCUGUAGAGGCACAGGGCAUGCAGGGCCCUGUGCACACACUAGAGACCCCCAUGCAGGGACUUGUUAUGGGUGGGAGCAUUGACACCAUGAGUCUAUACACAGGAGUGAUCCAGUAUCCCACUACUACCUCCUAUAUUCCUGAAGGCUUCGCUGCUUACAGCCAAGGUGGUGAGUUCCCACAACCAAGUGAGAACAGCAGUGAGUAUACAAUGGUUAGCAGCGAACAGCAGCAACAGCAUUUGACAGAAGAGACAUCCAUCAUGAGCAUGGUGCCCACCCAGCCUCAGGUAACUCCCCCAAUGAUGACACCACCAGAGACUCCAGACCAGUAUCAGGAAGAGGAAGAAGAAGAGGAGGAAGAACAUUUAGCUAGUGAGGAGCCAAUGGAAGUCUCUUCCUUUGUUUUUGAACAGUCCAACCUUGCACCAAGUGAGGCUUCCACUGAAAUAUCUCCUGAAUUAAGAAUGCACACUGACAAGGGAAUUCAUGCAGCACCCAGCAUGGAAAGCAUUGACAGACCUAAAAUGUCAUAUGCACAGAUUCUAGCAAUGGGCCUGAAAGCAGCUCCUUCAGCAGUUGUCACCCAUACCUACGGAGCACUCAGAUCAGUGAUGUCCUAUGUUAAAGGCCCUGUCACUCAGGAAGAAAGACCAAAGUCUGAACUCAGGGAAAAGCCCAUCGAGUCACGGCCCAGGGAAAAGCCUAUUGAGUCCCUGCCAAGGCCAUCUGUCAGGCAGGAGAGGCCUACCACCACACAUGUACUCACUGACCAGGACAGAUCAAGAGGAAAGAAGAGAUCACUUGAGCCCAAAAUAGAAGUCACAAUGGCAAAGGAGCCUGAAGAGUCAAAGAAGGAAAAGGAUGCAAUGCAGGCUGAAACUUACAUUCCUGGACUGGUAUUCAAGGCACCCACAUCAGAACGCCGUUCUCGCUCCAAGAGUGCCCGAAGGAAGAAACGAGAAGCUUCUCAACAUGCUGAAGAGCCACUAAAAGACACAGAGAUGCCUCAGGCUGAAGCUGGAAAGAAGGAACCAACUAGGAAAACAGAGAAGCACCCAAAAGUGAAGAUUCCUAAACUGGAGCACAGUGUGACUCCCCCAUUGAAAGAAGUAAAGGUUCACACCAAAGUAUCUGAGGCACCAACAUCACCACGCCCUCAGGAGACACAGGUGCAAAAGGCCACUGCUCUUGCACCCAUUGAAGACAAGGCAACUGAAACACCAAAGCGGAGCCACCAACCAAAAGCACAAACCCAACCUAAAGAUAAAAAAGGAGAGAAAACUGAAACUGAAAAAGUUCUUGUAACCACAAUACCUGAGGAAUCCAAAACAGAAGCACCUAAAGCUCCUGAAGUAGAAGAAAAACGUAAGAAGAAGAAAAAACGUGUUGUGACCAAUCCCGGGGAACAAGAAGAUGAACUAGAAAAGGCACUAAGGGAAAUUGAAGAAAUGGAAAGAAGUGGAAAGUUGCAACCUCCACCUGCUGCAAAGGCACCAGCAGCAGAGGAAGACAAAACAAAAAAGAGAGGUUUUAAGAGGGCCAGAAAGACAGAGCGUCCACCUACCCCAAAGCCCAUGGCUCAGCCUUCCCAAGCUAGUGAUACAAGCCCAGAAAAUGAAGAAACAGUAGCAAAACCUCACAAGACAGAAAAGAAAAAGGCUCCAAAGAACAAACCUGCAGAAACAGAAAAGACUCCAACAGAAGUCAAGGGAAGCAAGAAGCCCAGUGUUCAGAAAGGAGAUGCACAUAUAGCCCCAAGUGGCCCCAUCAGCCAGACAACAAGCACUCAGCCAGAUGAGCACAAAGAAACCACUGUGAAAGUGAAAUCAGAGACUCCUGUAGAACCUGUUGUAUCAGUACCUGAGCAAGUGGCUGCCCUCUCUAACCAAUCCCCUGAUGUCUCUUAUGCUUCUUCUGCUAACCCCACAGACCCCUUGAGCCCUGUAACACCAGUAACACCAGAAACUGCUAGUGUCCCUGCUUUAGACUCAUCCUCACCAUGUCCCAAAGAUCCCUCUCAUGUUGAUGGUGCCCAGGAAGAUGUUGCCACAGAUGAAGUUGUCAUCCCCAAAGCAUCUGUUAAUAACCUGGCUGCAGAUGCUGGGUCCAUGAUAGAAGCUGAGGAUGUUAAAGUGCCCAUCUGUGGUCAAGAGAAUCAACCUGUCCCAGAGAUUAACCUUGGGUUUGGUCAGGAUGCUCCUUCUAGUCAGCAAGAUGUGGCACCAUCCUUAGAGCCCCUUGCUGCUGUCACAGAAAAGGUGUCCUUUGAAGAGAACUUGGUUGGAAAGAUUUCUGAACCUGAGCUAAUUAAACACAAGGAAGGAGAGACAAUUUUGAUGAAGGAGAAUAAAGAAAAAACUCAUGAAACACAUGAACUGAGAAGCUCCACAACAAAAGUUUGCAAAGUUAUUAGAAGAAGAGUUAUCAAGAAGAUCAUCAUGGUUGAUGGCAAGCCAGUAGAGACAGAAGAAGUAGUGGAAGAGCCAGAAGAUGUUACUGAAGAAAUGUUGCAGAACCUCCCAGCUGAUUAUGUUAUUACUGAGGCAGUCAUAGAGCCUGAGGGAAAAACAGUUCAGAAGAAAAUUAGAAGAGUGAUCAAGAAGGUGAUCAUAGUUGAUGGCAAGCCAGUGGAGACAGAGGAAGUAGUAGAUGAGCCAGAAGAGGUGACUGAAGAAAUGUUGCAGAACCUUCCAGCUGAUUCUGUUAUUACUGAGACAGUCACUGAACCUGAGGUAAUAGUACAUAAAGCUAUGAAAAGAAGAGUCAUCAAGAAGAUAGUUCUCAUUGAUGGCAAGCCAGUGGAGACAGAGGAAGUAAUAGAAGAACCAGUAGAAAUGACUGAAGAAAUGUUGCAGAACCUUUCAGCUGAUUCUGUCACUACUGAGACAAUUACAGAUCAUGUGACAACAGUGUAUAAGAUCAUUAGAAGAAGAGUGAUCAAGAAAAUAGUGAUCAUUGAUGGCAAGCCAGUGGAGACAGAAGAAGUAGUAGAAGAGCCAGAAGAGGUGACUGAAGAAAUGUUGCAGAACCUUCCAGCUGAUGCUGUUAUUACCGAGACAAUCACCAAGCCUGUUACCUCAAUACACAUGUUUGGUAGUGAGCCAGUAAACAACAAAGAAGAAAAGGAAAAUUGGCAUGUUCUGGAAAUGCAGACAAUGAGUGAGAAGGAACAGAAAGAUACUGCUGAACAGAGAGACACUCAAAACCAAGGAGCUAAAAUGAUCACUGACAACACUGAGAAGCAUCAAAUUGAGAAAAAGGAACCCUCUAUCAAGGUAACUGAGAAAGACUUCAACUCUCCAGAGGCUGCCACCUACCAGCUCCCAAAACAAAGUUUGGUAGAGGUGUCAACACACAAAUCUUUGCCCUCUAUACCUCCUGCUAAGUUGACUGCAGAGGGAGAGACUAGAAUAAGGGAAAAUUAUUCACAUCCUUUAUCAUCAAAGAAGCGCAUCAUCAUUCAGAAGAGAAUUGUAAAGGUUAUCAUCAUUGUCAAUGGUAAACCAGUAGAGACAGAGGAAGUAAUAGAAGAGCCAGAAGAAGUUACUGAUGAAGUUUUGCAAAAUCUCCCAUCUGGCUCUGUUGUCACUGAAUCAGCUACACAGCCUGAAGUAAUAACAGUUUACAGGGUAAUUAGAAGAAAGGUUAUCAGAAAAAUUGUCAUUAUUGAUGGUAAACCAGUGGAGACAGAGGAGGUGAUAGAGGAGCCAGAAGAAGUGACUGAAGAAGUGUUGCAGAACCUUCCACCUGGUUCUGUUGUCACUAAGACUGUAACCAAACCUUGUAGAUCAACCAUUUAUGAUGUGAUUAAUGAAAUGCCAUUGAAAAGAGAAGGAGUGCUAGAAGGGCCAAAAAUGACUGGAGAAGUUUUGCAAAAUCUUCCAUUAAGUUCUGCUAUUGCAGAGCCUGAGAUGACAAGCACCCAAAAGAUCAUUAAAAAUCGAGUGACCAAGAAGACAACGGUGGUGGAUGGCAAGCCAGUGGAGACAGAGGUGAUAGAAGAGCCAGAAGAUGAGGUGGACUCAGCUCUUAGAAUGAUUGCUUCUGAGGUUGCCAGAGAAGCUAUAGGAACAGAACAUGACACUUUCCCAGUCGAGGAAAUUGAUCAUGCCAGCAGUCAGGAGGCAACACACAUCAGUACAGAUGGAGGUCACGGCAUUGAAGGCAGGCCGGGACACACUGGUGUGGAGGAGAUGCUUAAGGAGCCAUGCCAUGGAGAAGCAGCAUCCUUGGCCCCCACCUUUGCCUUGCCUCUGCCAGACCAUGCUAAUGACUGGAUGGAACUAAUCGAGGGAGGAGGUUUCACACUUGAUGAUGAGGAUGAGGAGCCCCCAGUGAGCCAUGAAUCACAACCUUCAUCUCAGUCUCCUGCAGUUUUCCAAGUCCCAACAGUGGAACCCUUGCCCUCACAGGAUAAUGUUGUGGCUCCUCAGAAGCAAGGUGAAGAAAGUAAUGGUGUGAUCCCAGCAGCAGAUGAAGGUAACUUGCAGGAGCAUCUCAAGGCUUCUGCACCUAUCACCCAGCCAGCCUUUGGUCUUGUUCUGCCUGACCAUGCCAAUGACUGGCUGGAAGUCAUUGAAAGUGGAGGAUUCACACUUGAUAGUGAAGAUGAAGCUGAAACAGAGCCUUCCACUUUUGUUGAAACAAACACCUUACUUACUGAUCAGGCUGUGAAAUCCUCAGUAAGUCAAGUACCUACUAAGGAUGUUUCUAAACCUACUGAAGAAACUGUUGAGGAGGUUAGCUUAUUUAGCAAAGAGAUUACCACAGCUGCAGAGCAUCCCACACCUGCUGUUGGAGCACUCACAUUUACAGGUAAUGAAGUGUCUGUAGAAGAAACCUCAGGUGUUGCAUCCAAACCUGAAGAAGCACCUGCACAGCAGGACUCAGCAGUACCCAAGAAGCCAGCCUUCAACCUCCCUGUUCCUGACCACGCCAACGACUGGAUGGAAAUGGUACUGGAAGGAGGAUUUUCUCUAGAUGAAGAGGAGGAUGAGACAGAGGCUGCUCCUCAGACUUCAGAAAAAGAUGUCCAGAGCUUACCUAAAUUGCUAGAGAAAAAAGCUGAAAAAAUUGAGCCUGAACCACUUGGCACCACUGAAUAUUUGCCUGAAAAAGAAAAGCAGGGAAGAAGUGAACUCACUAUAGUAGAAUCACUUCAAGAACACAUUACAGUAUCAGUGAGCAGUGAAAACCUGCAGGAGAAGCCUGUUGUGGAAGCAGAUGAUGUUGUGGCCACAACUAAAACAGCAGAAGAGAUUGUCACUGCCACAGAAACACCAGCAACACCUCCUGUGUUUGGUCUCCCAAUCCCUGACCAUGCCAAUGACUUCCUGGAGAUCAUUGAAGGCGGAGGCUUCACCUUGGAUUCAGAGUCUGAGGAAGAAAGUAGCAACAUCUUAGAAUCCACCCAGGUGGUUGUGAGUGAGAACAAGAUACUUCAAGAAGAAUCAGCAAAGGCACCACAAACACAGUCCCAAGAACAGAAUACAGAAGGAACAAAGCCAUUCUCAUAUGCCACAGUCCUCUCAGCAGCCAAAACACCCACUGCUGAGGAGCCCACUGCUGAGCCCAAAAAGCUAUACCAGUACCAGGAGACCCCUGCAUCAGUCCUUGUCAGUCCCUUGCCCUCUGUGCCUCUUGCACAAGAACCAAAGAAGGAUGCAGAUGGCUUUGAGGAGGUCCAUUCAAAGAACAAGAGACGCCGCAAGAAAGGAGGAAAAGAAGAUGAGCACAAAACUGUAGCUGCCAGCUCUUCUGUCCCAGCAGUUCCAGUUAUUACUGAAGGGAAGGUACCUCCAGACCAGACAGUGAAGAUCCUUGAUGCAGCCAACAAUUCAUCUCCAUUGAACACAGACCAGGAAGAAGCCAUUAAACCUCAUGAUGAUGCCUCACUCAAGAAAAAAUUGGAGAAGGAAGAAGUUCCAAAGAGUGUGAGCCAGCCAGAGCCAAAGAAAAAAUUGGAAAAGGAAGAAGUUCUCAACAGUGUGAGUCAGUCAGAGCCAAAGAAAAAAUUGGAAAAAGAAGAAGCUCUCAAUAGUGUGAGUCAGCCAGAGUCAAAGAAAAAAAUUGAAAAGGAAGAAGCUCUCAAGAGUGUGAGUCAGCCAGAGUCAAAGAAAAAAUUGGAAAAGGAAGUUCUCAAGAGUGUGAAUCAGCCACAGCCUGAGAAAAAAUUAGAAAAGGGAGAAGUUCCCAAGAGUGUGAGUCAGUCACAGCCUGAGAUUGAGGUGCAGUCUCAUCCUUCUAAGAAGGUUGAGAAGAAAAGGAAAAAGAAAACUGCAGUAAAAGAGGAAAAAGAUGACCCAAAGAAAACAGUGCAGGCAGCACCUAAACAGAAGAGUGAAGCUUUUGAUGAGGUAAAAGAAACCCAGGUGUUUGAAUUAACAAGUAUAAAGACUGAGCUUGCUGAUGUAACUAUGGAAACCUCAGUUGAAGAACCUGUAAAUGACAAGGGACUUAACAUUGAGGCUCGGACUCAGAUCGCUGACUCAGAUGUGGCCACAGUACAACUUGAGGUUGAUGUGACUAAUGAAAAGCAAGAAAAUCCACCACCUGAAAGAAGAGAGGUCAUCAGAGACACAGAAACUAGCAUGGCACAAGGUGGCUCUGAGGGCUUCAUGACCAGCCUCCUGUCAGCAACUCCAGUCUCUCAGCAUCCUGCAGGACUCUUGGUUGACCCUAAUGAAAUUAUCUUGGUUCCACAAUGGAUGCGACAGAGACCAAUAAUGCGCACCUCCAGCACCGAUGACACAAUAACCACCCCACUGGAGGAACGAAAGAGGCUGUUCAAGACAAAGAGUGCACCAUUGGAGAGGACAAGCGCAGCCACUGACAAAGAUACAAGCACCACCAUGGAGGAGGAAAGUGCAUCAUGCUCAUUGGUUUCUGGUGAAGAAUACUAUAAAAAUAAAAAGAAGAGACCAAAGAAAGGCAAAGCCAAAAAGGGAGAUGACAAGGAUCAGGAGAGAGGAAGUAAAUAUUUUGAAGAUGCAGGUUUGGAAAAGGAUGGCGAGGAAAAAGAUGAACCUGUAUGCCAAGGAUCUGAAGAAAAGGUCAGUGUGCAACCUGAGCCAGAUGUCAUUCUACUCACUGAGAGUAGAGGAAAGCAAGAGACUGCUGAUGAGACAGUAAAAGAACAAAAUAUAGAGUCAAAAGAAGAAAAAGACCCACAGGAAAAAAGUACUGAUAUUCUUUUAUCUGGUAAGGUGUUAGAAGGAGUAAAGGAAACUGCCAAUGUACAAUCAGUAACUGUGAAGACUGAGUUACAAAAAUCAUCAACAGAAGUUAAGUCAUUAGAGGAAGUGAAAUCAUCAGAGGAAGUUAAACCAUCAGAGGAAGUCAAGUCAUCAGAAGAAGUUCUUCCAGAACUGCUUCAGGAAAUCGCUGCAGCUGUGUCUGACAUUAAUGAUCCUUCACUGAGUCCCAAAGAGUUUGAGUUUAUUCCUUCACCAAGAGAAAAGACAGCAAUGGAGGGGAAAGACUCUCAUGAAGGAGGAACUGUAAAUGAAACAGAUUUGAUGCAGAAACAAGGAAAGGAAUUACCAGUGAAAGAUUUUGAAUUGGUUCCUGAGUGCAUUGUGGAGGAAAAGGUUCCUAGCAAGGAGAAAGCUUUUGGAUUAGAAAAAAUUGCUCCUAAUUUUGAAGAAGCUUUACAAGAAGCCAUGAAACCAGUAGUAGAUGAAACAACUGAAGUAGCAGUAGUUCAAUCUCCUGGUGGAUCAGUGUCAGAUAACACUGACGAUUGGCUUCAUGUGAGCAGAGAGACAGAACAUCCCUCUGCUGCUGCUGGGAUGGAUGUUGACCUCAUUAAGGAGGAAGUGCACUUUGAAGAUCAGGAGGGCUUGACUGUUGAGGAAGUUAGUUCCAUUGUAACAGAGGAUAAAUCAGUGGAAUCCCUUGAAAUAACACCCGAUGAGGGUGAGGCACCCCCUCUGCCUGGUGACAGACCAGUGGACAGCAUGACUGUGCCUCAGCUUGGACUUCACUCAGAACAAGAUUCUGGAGUAAGUGUCACAGGGGUGUCUGAGCCAUCUGAAAUCAUUAAUACCCACCAACAGUCAUCAUAUGCAAACAUCCUCAUUCAUGCACCAGCCAUUGUUGUCGAAAAAGAGCCAGAGGAGACCAAAAAGCCAUAUGUGUACCGCAAUCCAACCUUGGUGGAGGUGGAAGAGCCAUCAAAGGAAGACAAACAGAUUGCCAAAGUGGAUGAAGAGGGAUUCACUGAGUUUGUCUCCAAGAAGGAGAGAUUCAGGAGAAAGACUCACAGCACAUCAGCAGCAACAGAAGAAAUUGAGGAAGCUGUGCAGUCUGUAGUGGAGGAGAUUAAAAGGAAAGACCCUGCCAAACUAACCAGAGAGGAUGUCCUAGAAGCUCUGUGUGCUAAUGCUGAUGAGGCUGACAGUGAUGAUGAAGUCAGCCAUGUUGAAAUGGUGCAACCCAAGAGAAACAAGUCCAGGCAGAGGACUAGAUCCAAGAGAUCAUCCAAGCAAUCAGAGUCAGAAAAAGAAAUAGGUGAAAUUGCAGCAGCUAUUGAGAGAGGAGAGACUCCACCCAAGCCCAAAGAUGUAGUUGAAUAUGAGCACAAACUCUUUGCUGCAUUUUAUUUGGGCUCUGAGCUGUGGUAUGAUGUGUUUGGCAUCAAAGAUGCUGAACUGUAUUACCCAAAAUUCAUCUUAGAAAUGCAGCAAGAGGAGAGUCAGAUAGCAGAUGAUCAACAGCCAGAAGUAAAAGAUGUGACAGCACAGAUGAAAUUGCAGGCUGUACCUCACAUUUCAGUUGCUGAACCUCUUGUUUGUCCUGACCAUGAUGCAUUAGGUCUAAGCACACCUAUCCCAUUAGAGUCAGCAGCAAGGAAAGUAGCUACAGAGCUACCAACAAAAGAGAAUGUUGAGCAUGUAGAAACUAGCACUCCAAUGACUGUGUUACCAGUCACAUUGUUGAAAGAAACUCCACCUACAACAAAACUGGUAUCUCCAACUGUCUUGCCAGUUAAUGAUUCAUCCUCUUAUGACAUGAAUCUCAUAACAGAAGCUGAAACUCGCUACUAUGAGUAUAUUGCACAGCUACAGUCAAUGGCUCCUUGUGCAGAAGAAAUCAAGAUCCCUGCUGACCAAAAGUCCCUCACACAAGUGCCUGUUACUGCCACAGCAGCAGUCGCAGAUGACUGGGCACCAAGCCCUGACAGAACUGUGAUAUGUGAUGAUAGUCAAGUACUUAAAGAAGAAACUGUGAUAAACACAAGUCACAUACUUUCAAAAACUGUGAUAGAUAUUCAUAAGAUUGUUGAAGACAGCAUCGUGAUAGAAAAAUCAGGGAGGAAAGAGGCAGCACCACAGUUUGUCUCUCCAGCUACUGAUGAAACACUGCAUGAAAUAUCAGAUGAUGUGCCAAUCAUGCAAAUAUCAGAAGAGAGGCACCAAGAAUAUGCAGAUGAAGAAGCCAAAUAUACAUAUUUGUCUGUAGAAGAGGUGCCUAAACCCAGACCUGAAGUAACAGAAGUUGGUGAUGAAGCAGCCACUCCUGAUGAAAACAAAGGUACACAGGCUAUCUUGACAAGUGAAAAAGAGGAAGAUUUGACCUUAACUGGCAGCAAGACUGAGCACUUAAAUACAAGUGAAAUUUUAGUGCCUCCCACACCACAGAGUCAAAGGCAUGAGUGUAUGUCAGUCCCAAGCUAUGACAUGUCCACCAUACAGACAGCUGAAGCAGAGUACCAGAAAUAUCUCGCCUCUGAGACUCAGACAGCCUCAUGGGCAGAUGUUGUGGCCCACAGCAAGCCCAUCACAGAAGCCAGCGAAGAGCUACCCAAGGAUCCAGAGGAUGAAAAAUCUUUCAUUUUAUAUCAGACCAAAACGAUCAAGGUUUUGUUUCCUGAAGAAGAACCAACCAAGCCCAAGGUGCCUUGCUCUGUAGAUGAAGAAGGUUUCACUGAAUUUGUCUCAAAACAAGAGCUCCGCCGCCGCCUCCGAUCAUCCUGCUCUGAAGAGCCAGAUGUGAAAGACAUUGUGCCUUAUGUUCCAAGAAUAGAGUUGCCAGAAGUUGAAAUUAUAGAAGACCAACAUGUAGAAACUGAGAAAGAGCCCAUUUCACAAUCUGAGCCAGAAGCACUUGAGGAGAGCAUGGUAGAGACUGUAGAGAUUAAAGUAAGACACCGAAGACGGACUGACAGUCACCGAAAGAGUCAGCGUUCUCGUGUUUCUGCGGCUGAGAAAGAGGUGGAUGAAAUCCUCCGCCAGAUGAGCCGUGAAGACAUCCUACAAAAGUAUGCAAACUACGAUGCAGUUCGGUAUGACAAAUGGCAGAUAGAAGAUAGUGAGCGCAUCUACCAUGAAAUGUUGGCAGAAGAAGCUUCACCUAGGGCUCCUGCUCAGGCUUCCCAAUUUGAUAUGCCACCCCAGGGAGAUGCAGUAUCGAUCCUGACACAAGAAGAGUGCAUUGUUCACCUCCUUCCUGCAUCCAGUGACACUCCGCCUUCGCCUUCCCUCACACCUUCUCUUCCAACUAACUAUGCCCUUGAACUAACUUACUUCCCUUCAUAUGACAUGGCUGCAAUUAAUGAAGCUGAAUGUAGAUAUCACCAACACCAAACAUACAGUAGUCUUGUUCAGAAUGGUGUAUCAGUGAUGGAGGAAGUGUUAGGCCAAAGAGCAGAAACUGAGAUACCUGAUAAAUUAGCAACUGGAGACACAGCUUAUGAACAUUUAGACUCUCCAGUAGAUACAUUCAGUCCACCAAAGCCAAUGGCUCCCAUCCAAACAGAGACUCCCACUCUUUUGUCUCAGGAAAGUAUUACCAACAAACAGUUCCAUGAUGCCAAACCUGACAAGGAAAAGACAGAAAUUCCCCUCCAUUCCAAGAUUCUUGAUACUCUACCUGAGACACAGGUUAUCAAGAAAGAAACUGCUGACAGAGAGGCUCCUAGCCAGAUGAAGGUCCCUGAUAUUGUCAGUGAAUCAGACACACUUAAUCAGGCUCUUGUUACUAUGCCUGAAGUGCUUGCUGUCAAACAAAAUACUGUCAACCUGAAAGAGCCUCCUAGCCCAGCAAAGACUCCUGUUGCUGAAGUGAAACCAGAGCCUCCUAUCCCAGCAAAGGCUCUUACUGCUGUGCCUAAACCAGAGGCUCCUAUUCCAGCAAAGGCUCCUGCUGCUGAGGUAAAACCAGAGCUUCCUAGCCCAGCAGAGGCUCCUGCUUUUGAUGUUAAAGCAGAGGCUCCCAGUCCAGUGGAGGUUCCUGCUGCUGAGAUUAAAGCAGAGGCUCCCAGCCCAGUGAAGGCUCCUGCUGCUGAGGUUAAAGCAGAGGCUCCCAGCCCAGUGAAGGCUCCUGCUGCUGAGGUUAAAGCAGAGGCUCCCACCCCAGUGAAGACUCCUGCUGCUGAGGUUAAAGCAGAGGCUCCCAGCCCAGUGAAGACUCCUGCUGCUGAAGUUAAAGCAGAAGCUCCCAGCCCAGUGAAGACUCCUGCUGCUGAGGUUAAAGCAGAGGCUCCCAGCCCAGUGAAGACUCCUGCUGCUGAGAUUAAAGCAGAGGCUCCCAGCCCAAUGAAGGCUCCUGAUGCUGAGAUUAAAGCAGAGGCUCCCAGCCCAGUGAAGGCUCCUGCUGCUGAAGUCAAAGCAGAGCCUCUCAGCCCAGUGAAGGCUCCUGCUGCUGAAAUCAAAGCAGAGGCUCUUAGCCCAGUGAAGGCUCCUGCUGCUGAGAUUAAAGCAGAGGCUCCCAGCCCAGUGAAGGUUCCCAAUGCUGAGAUUAAAGCAGAGGCUCCCAGCCCAGUGAAGGCUCCUGAUGCUGAGAUUAAAGCAGAGGCUCCCAGCCCAGUGAAGGCUCCUGAUGCUGAGAUUAAAGCAGAGGCUCCCAGCCCAGUGAGGGCUCCUGAUGCUAAGGUUAAACGUAGCAAGAAGCCGCAUAAUGAUUCAAAAGAAGGAACUGCUCAGCCUCCUCUUGAAACACUAACAGUGGGUCACCCUCCACUUGAGGAAGGAGAUCUGUUGACUGUAGAAAUAGCUGGUUCACCUUUGCUAUAUGACAUGCCUGCCCUAGCUGAGGCAGAGUCUAAUUAUUAUGCAUCCCUUGCAUCGAAUCAACAAGAAAACACAGAAACUGUGGAGGUUCUCAGUAACGGUGAUGAACCAUCAGUAAGUGGUGUAAGUGUUUGUCUUCAUGGCAGUGCACACACUACUGUGUCAACCCAUGAAGAGCCUCCUACUGACAUGAAACCAACAAUGUCAGAAAUUAAUCAGAGGUCACCAAUAAGGACAAGGGAGAAUGUUCCAACAGAAAUUCACCUGUAUGACUACAACAGUAUACAGAGAGCAGAAGCAGAACAUCAGGAAUAUCUAGCUCAGCAUUCCCCCAUUGAUACAUCAAGAGAAGAGUCAGUAGUCAUAGCAGAAGAACAAUUAGUCAAGGAUACAAAUGAAAAAGAAACUGAUGAUUCAGAGUCUAUGAUACAUGAAGAACCAUCAUUUGGGAAUUAUGACAUGAAUGCAAUAGAGUUGGCUGAGACAAAGUAUCAAGAGUAUCUGGCUCAGCAGGGAGGAACCACUUCAUGGGCUCAUGUUGUGUCCCAAGCAAAGACAGUGGAAAUUGAAGAGGAAAAAGAAGAGCCCAUUGAUGAGAAAUCCUUCAUCCUGUACCACACUAAGAAGGUCCAGGUUGUGGUGGCUGCUGAGGAGCCACGAAAACCCUCCACUCCUAUGGUAGAUGAUGAAGGUUUCACUGAAUUUGUUUCCAAACAAGAGCGCCGUAGAAGGUUGCGGUCAUCCUGUUCUGAGGAACCUGAGGACCAUGUGACAGAUAUUGUGCCUUAUGUACCUAGAAUAGAAUUGCCAGAGGUAGAAGUUUCAGAAGAUCCUGAAUUGACAGAUUCCGAACCAAAACUUGUCAAUGAAGACUCCUUACAAGACCAAGAUGAUGCAGAGAAGCAGUUCACUCCAAAGCAAAAGGAUUCUGAAGACAAACAUGUACCUAAAGAAACCUCAGAAGAUUCAAAGGGAAUCAGUACUCCAGUAAAACAUGGAAGAAGCCACAAGUUUAGCCGAGAAAAACAUCACAAGCGUCACCGAUCUCGCGUGUCAGAAGCUGAGCAAGAAGUGGAUGACAUCCUGCGGCAGAUGGACCGAGAGGAAGUUCUUCAGAAAAAUGCUGGCAGUGACUCUUUCCUGUGUAACCAAUGGAUAUUCAACGAUGCCGAGAAGAAUUACUAUGAAAUGAUCGAGCAGCAGAAGAAAGACGAUACAAAUCUGGUGAGUGAAAUUCGGGAGAAAGGAAAGGAUAAUGAUGAUGACGAUGAUUCUCAUGACGGUGGUUAUGAUUCCCCUCCAGGGCUUCCACCAGCUGAUAACUUUGAUGGUCGCUAUGCAAGAACACUUCAGACAGAAAUCAUACAAGCUAAUCCUCCUCAUGGUGUAGCCAAUUGGACAGAUGAAAGCACAUACCUCUCUCUAACCCCCCCACCCCCUGACCCUGUAACUGUUAGUAGUACCCCAGGCUCCUCCAUGACUCAGACACCAACACACAUCCAUGACAUGACUCAGACACAGACGCCUCCUCCCUCCAUGAGCAAGAUGACCCUGACUGAGAUGAGCAAGAAGGCAGCCCCCCCGCAGGCCCCUUAUCAAGCCAGUUCAACACUCGCCCAGCAAAAAAAACACCAGAUUGAGAUCAAGGAGAAGGUAUCCUCGGCACAAGAAAAACUCCAGAGCUUCCAGGAGCGUCUGCAGAGUCUGGUGGAUCACUCAGUCAUCCAGCAGUUGACCAUCAUCCAGACUCUGAUCAUUGAGAUGAAGCGGCUGGAAGAUGAACUGAAUUAUCUGGAAGAGAAAGGAAAGCGUUUAGAGCAGGACUCCGAGGUGCUGAGCCUGCAGGCCAAAGUCAGCGGCCUCACAACCAGGCUCAAGACAGUGCUUGCCCAGGCACAUACCAAGAGAACAGAAAUUGAGGGAAGACAAAGUACAGCUGAACAGCAAAAGCUCCACCUCAUAGAAUAUCAACAAUUGCUGCAAGACCUGGAGUGUUGGGUCACUGAGACUUACAACCAGAUCACUGCAGACAUCUCACUCAGUUCCUCAGCAGAGAUUCGGGAACAGAUAGCAAAUAAUCAGACACUGCAGCGGGACCUGUGCCGCCGUGAACAGCAGCUGAUGGAGCUGCAAGAGAAGUGUGAGCGAGUGGAGGGAGAUUCACACAUAAUAUCUCUGGCUAAGGAGAUGACAGACCACCUGACUUUCUUGAGUCAGACAAUCAGCGACACUCGCUUUGUGCUCCAGAACCGCCUGCACCAGCUGAAGGAAAUCCUGGCGAAUGAGGAGAUGAAGAGACACAUUAUCAGCCAGGACAAGGAUAGCGAGAGUACAAUUGGAGGCACCACAUCAGUGCAACAGCAUAGCAAUGCAGUUCUUUACCAGGAAGGACAUAUUACAAAAAGCAUGAAAAAUGUUGAAAAACCUAAAGAUGAUUCAAUUCGUUCAAACUCUAUAGACACUGGGGAUGCAGGAAAUGAAACAGAAACAUUGAUACAUGGAAACAUAACUACUAUUCAACAAAUAAUGCAAAGAGGAAUAAUUAAGAAUAUUACAAUAAUAGAUGGAAAACCAGUAGAAACUGAGGAAAUAGUUGAAGAACCAGAUGUCACACAAAGUGUUCUUGUAGGUGAAGGGAAAGAUAUACUGAGAGGUGACAUGAUGGCAAAGGAAGAAGGAACAAAAGUGCAUAAAAUUAUAAGACAGAGAAUAAUAAAAAAGACAAGAACAGAUGAUGGCAAGAUAAUUGAAACAGAAGAAGAAAUAGAACCAGAAGUAAUUAAUGAACAAAUUCUCCAAACACUACCAGCUGAUUCUGUAAUUACCAAGACAAUCACAGACCCUGAGGUGACAACAGUGCACAAGAUUAUAAGAAAAAAAGUAAUCAAGAAGAUUGUAAUCAUUGAUGGCAAGCCAGUGGAGACAGAGGAGGUAAUAGAAGAGCCAGAAGAGGUGACUGAGGAAAUGUUGCAGAAUCUUCCAGCUGAUUCUGUCAUUACUGAGACAGUUACAGAUCCUGAGGUGACAACAGUUCACAAGAUCAUUAGAAGAAAGGUGGUCAAGAAGAUUGUAAUCAUUAAUGGCAAGCCAGUGGAGACAGAAGAAGUAAUAGAAGAGCCAGAAGAGGUGACUGAAGAAAUGCUGGAGAAUGUUCCAGCUGAUUCUAUCAUUACUGAGACAGUCACAGAGCCUGAGGUGACUACAGUUCACAAGAUCAUUAGAAGAAGAGUGAUCAAGAAAAUCAUUAUAGUUGAUGGCAAACCAGUGGAAACCGAGGAAGUAAUAGAAGACCCAGAAGAGGUGACUGAAGAAAUGUUGCAGAACCUUCCAGCUGAUUCUGUCAUUACUGAAACAGUCACAGAGCCUGAGGUGACAACAGUCCGAAAGAUCAUUAGAAGAGUGAUCAAGAAAAUCAUCAUUGUUGAUGGCAAGCCAGUGGAAACAGAGGAAGUAAUAGAAGAACCAGAAGAUGUGACUGAAGAGAUAGAUCUUCAUUUGACUGAAGAAAAGCCAAUAAAAACUGUAGAAGUCACACAAAAGCCUGGAAGGGUUUAUGAAACAUUGCAGAAUUUGCCUUGUGAUACUGUAAUUCAGACAGUCACAGAGCCUAAGGUGACAACUGUCCACAAGAUCAUUCGAAGAAGAGUGAUCAAGAAGAUUGUAAUCAUUGAUGGCAAGCCAGUGGAGAAAGAAGAGGUAAUAGAAGAGCCUGAAGAGGUGACUGAGGAAAUGUUGCAGAAUCUUCCAGACGAUUCUGUCAUUACUGAGACAGUCACAGAACCUGAGGUGACAACAGUCCACAAGAUCAUUAGAAGAAGAGUGAUCAAGAAGAUUGUAAUCAUUGAUGGUAAGCCAGUGGAGACAGAAGAAGUAAUAGAAGAGCCAGAAGAUAUGACUGAGGAAAUGUUGCAGAAUCUUCCAGCUGACUCUGUCAUUACUGAGACAGCUACAGAUCCUGAAGUGACAUCAGUCCAUAAGAUCAUUAGAAGAAGAGUGAUCAAGAAGAUCGUUAUCAUUGAUGGCAAGCCAGUGGAGACAGAGGAGGUAAUAGAAGAGCCAGAAGAGGUGACUGAAGAAAUGCUGGAGAAUCUUCCAGCUGAUUCUGUCAUUACUGAGACAGUUACAGAGCCUGAGGUGACAACAGUUCACAAGAUCAUUAGAAGAAGAGUGAUCAAGAAAAUCAUUAUAGUUGAUGGCAAGCCAGUGGAGACAGAGGAGAUAAUAGAAGAGCCAGAAGAGGUGAGUAAAGAAAUGUUGCAGAACCUUCCAGCUGAUUCUGUCAUUACUGAGACAGUCACUGAGCCUGAGGUGACAACAGUCCACAAGAUCAUUAGAAGAAGAGUGAUCAAGAAGAUCGUAAUCAUUGAUGGCAAACCAGUGGAAACAGAGGAGAUAUUGGAAGAGCCAGAAGAGGUGACUGAGGAAAUGUUGCAGAACCUUCCAGCUGAUUCUGUCAUUACUGAGACAGUUACAGAUCCUGAAGUGACAACAGUCCACAAGAUCAUUAGAAGAAGAGUGAUCAAGAAGAUCGUAAUCAUUGAUGGAAAGCCAGUGGAGACAGAGGAGGUAAUAGAAGAGCCAGAAGAGGUGACUGAAGAAAUGUUGCAGAAUCUUCCAGCAGAUUCUGUUAUUACUGAGGUAAUACCAAAGCCUGAAAACAUAGAUCUCCAUGUCAUAAAAGAAAGGCCAGUAGAAACAGAAAACACAGAAGAGGUGACUCAAGAUAUGUUGCAGAAUCUGCCAGCUGAUUCUGUCAUUACUGACACAGUCACAGAGCCUGAGGUGACAACAGUCCACAAGAUCAUUAGAAGGAGAGUGAUCAAGAAGAUCGUAAUCAUUGAUGGCAAGCCAGUGGAGACAGAGGAGGUAACAGAAGAGCCAGAAGAGGUGACUGAAGAAAUGCUGGAGAAACUUCCAGCUGAUUCUGUCAUUACUGAGACAGUCACAGACCCUGAGGUGACUACUGUUCACAAGAUCAUUAGAAGAAGAGUGAUCAAGAAAAUCAUUAUAGUUGAUGGCAAGCCAGUGGAGACAGAGGAAGUAAUAGAAGAGCCAGAAGAAGUGACUGAGGAAAUGUUGCAGAACCUUCCAGUUGAUUCUGUCAUUACUGAGACAGUCACAGAGCCUGAGGUGACAACAGUCCAUAAGAUCAUUAGAAGAAGAGUGAUCAAAAAGAUUGUAAUCAUUGAUGGCAAGCCAGUGGAGACAGAGGAAGUAAUAGAAGAGCCAGAAGAGGUGACUGAAGAAAUGUUGCAGAACCUUCCAGCUGAUUCUGUCAUUACUGAGACAGUCACAGAGCCUGAGGUGACAACAGUUCACAAGAUCAUUAGAAAAAGAGUGAUCAAGAAAAUCAUUAUAGUUGAUGGCAAGCCAGUGGAGACAGAGGAAGUAAUAGAAGAGCCAGAAGAAGUGACUGAGGAAAUGUUGCAGAACCUUCCAGCAGAUUCUGUUAUUACUGAGGUAAUACCAAAGCCUGAAAACAUAGAUCUCCUUGUCAUAAAAGAAAGGCCAAUAGAAACAGAAAACACAGAUGAGGUGACUGAAGAUAUCUUGCAGAAUCUGCCAGCGGAUUCUGUCAUUACUGAGACAGUCACAGAGCCUGAGGUGACAACAAUCCGCAACAUCAUAAGGAAAGUGAUCAAGAAGAUUAUAAUCAUUGAUGGCAAGCCAGUGGAGACAGAGGAGGUAAUAGAAGAGCCUGAAGAGGUGAGUGAAGAAAUGUUGCAGAACAUUCCAGCUGAUUCUGUCAUUACUGAGACAGUCACAGAGCCUGAGGUGACACCAGUCCACAAGAUCAUUAGAAGAAGAGUGAUCAAGAAAAUCAUUAUAGUUGAUGGCAAGCCAGUGGAGACAGAGGAGGUAAUAGAAGAGCCAGAAGAAGUGACUGAGGAAAUGUUGCAGAACCUUCCAGCUGAUUCUGUCAUUACUGAGACAGUCACAGAGCCUGAGGUGACAACAGUCCACAAGAUCAUUAGAAGAAGAGUGAUCAAGAAGAUUGUAAUCAUUGAUGGCAAACCAGUGGAGACAGAGGAGGUGUUGGAAGAGCCAGAAGAGGUGACUGAAGAAAUGUGGGAGAAUCUUCCAGCUGAUUCUGUCAUUGCUGAGACCAUCACAGAGCCUGAGGUGACAACAGUUCACAAGAUCAUUAGAAGAAGAGUGAUCAAGAAAAUCAUUAUAGUUGAUGGCAAGCCAGUGGAGACAGAGGAGGUAAUAGAAGAGCCAGAAGAAGUGACUGAGGAAAUGUUGCAGAACCUUCCAGCUGAUUCUGUCAUUACUGAGACAAUCACAGAGCCUGAGGUGACAACAGUCCAUAAGAUCAUUAGAAGAAGAGUGAUCAAGAAAAUCAUUAUAGUUGAUGGCAAGCCAGUGGAGACAGAGGAGGUAAUAGAAGAGCCAGAAGAAGUGACUGAGGAAAUGUUGCAGAACCUUCCAGCUGAUUCUGUUAUUACUGAAGUAAUACCAAUGCAUGAAGAGGUAGAUCUUCAUUUGACUGAAGAAAAGCCAGUAAAAACUAUUGAAUUCUCACAAAAGCCUGAAAAGGUGUAUGAAACAAUGCAGAAUUUACCUUCUGAUUCUGUCAUUACUGAUACAGUCCCAGAGCCUGAGGUGUCAACCGUCCACAAGAUCAUUAGAAGAAGAGUGAUCAAGAAGAUUGUAAUCAUUGAUGGCAAACCAGUGGAGACAGAAGAAGUAAUAGAAGAGCCAGAAGAGGUGACUGAGGAAAUGUUACAGAACCUUCCAGCUGAGUCUGUCAUUACUGAGACAGUCACAGAGCCCGAGGUGACAACAGUCCGCAAGAUCAUUAGAAGAAGAGUGAUCAAGAAGAUCAUCAUAGUUGAUGGCAAGCCAGUGGAGACAGAGGAGGUAAUAGAAGAGCCAGAAGAGGUGACUGAAGAAAUGAUGCAAAAUCUUCCAGCUGAUUCUGUCAUUACUGAGACAGUUACAGAGCCUGAGGUGGCAACAGUCCGCAAGAUCAUUAGAAGAGUGAUCAAGAAGAUCAUCAUGGUUGAUGGCAAGCCUAUGGAGACAGAGGAGAUAAUAGAAGAGCCAGAAGAGAUGACUGCGGAAAUGUUACAGAAUCUUCCAGCUGAUUCUGUUAUUACUGGGGUAAUACCAAAGCCUGAAGACAUAGAGCUCCAUUUGGUAAAAGAAAGGCUAGUAGAAGCAGAAGAGCCAGAAGAGGUGACUGAAGAAAUGUUGCAGAAUCUUCCAGCUGAUUCUGUCAUUACUGAAACAACCACAGAACCUGAGAUGACAACAGUCCACAAAAUUGUUAGAAGGAGAGUGAUCAAGAAGGUUGUAAUCAUUGAUGGCAAGCCAGUGGAGACAGAGGAAGUAAUAGAAGAGCCAGAAGAGAUGACUCAAGAAAUGCAGGAGAACCUUCCAUCUGAUUCUGUUAUUUCUGAGGUAAUGUUAAAGCCUGAAGGGAUAGACCUUCUUCAGACUAAAGAAAAGUCAGCAAAAACUGCAGAAGUCACACAAAAACCUGAAGGGAUUUUUGAAAGCAUGCUGAAUCUUCCAGCUGAUUCUGUCAUUACUGAGACAUUCACAGAACCUGAGGUGACAACAGUCCACAAGAUCAUUAGAAGAAGAGUGAUCAAGAAGAUUGUAAUCAUUGAUGGGAAACCAGUGGAGACAGAGGAAGUAAUAGAAGAGCCACAAGAGGUGACUGAAGAAAUGUUGCAGAACCUUCCAGCUGAUUCUGUCAUUACUGAGACAGUCACAAGCCCUGAAGUGACAACAGUCCACAAGAUCUUUAGAAGAAGAGUGAUCAAGAAGAUUGUAAUAAUUGAUGGCAAACCAGUGGAGACAGAGGAGGUAAUAGAAGAGCCAGAAGAAGUGACUGAGGAAAUGUUACAGAAUCUUCCACCAGAUUCAGUCAUUACUGAGACAGUUACAGAGCCUGAGAUAACAACAGUCAGCAAGAUCAUUAGAAGGAGAGUAAUUAGAAAGAUCAUUAUGGUUGAUGGCAAACCUGUGGAGAAAGAGGAAAUAAUAGAAGACCCAGAAGAUAUUACAGAAGAAAUGCUCCAAAGUGUUCCUCCUGAAUCAUUAAUUACUGAGGCUAUCAGUGAACCUGAGAGUGUCAGAAGGAAAGUAAUCAAGAAGACGGUGAUAGUUGAUGGGAAGCCAGUGGAGACUGAGGAAGUGGUGGAGGGACCUAGUGAUGUAAGAGAUGAUUCAAGUGCCUUAAGUAGUGGUGUACGUAUAGUGAAGAAAAACGUCAAAAUAAGAAGAACCUUACAGGUUGUUGAUGGAAAAGAAGUUAUAAAUGAGGAGAGGGAGGAAUCUCCUGAAGAAGUUCAAGAAUAUGCUGGUUUAGUGUCAAGUCCACAACAAAUCACUGUUCCCAUAAGUGAAGGGAUUGAGUCUUUACCUGCUCACUGCUCCACACCUGAUGGUGGUGUCACAGCAGAGAAAGUGAAAAUUGUGAGGAAGUUGAAAAUUGUUGAUGGGCAUCCAAUACUUUCUGAAGAAAUCCUUGAAGAUCAAGAACCCAUAUCAGAGAGAGAGAUGACUCAGAGUAAGAACAUUAAGUGUGUUGUCAUUCGAAAGAGAAGACAAAUAAUCAAGCGGAUUCAGAUAAUAAAUGGUGAGAGAGUUGAAACUGAGGAAAUUGUAGAGGAACCUGAGACAGAAUUUGGUGUUCCAGAUGAUGGGUCUGGAAUAACUGUUACUGAAAUAAGUAGUGAAAAAUCCUCUCCACCUCAUGGUGACAUAAGUGAACCACAGGACACCAGACCAUUCCCUCAGCCUGUAACAGAGAGUUUUGAUACUCCCAAGGAGGCAGUAAGACCUGCUGACACUUGGAACAAUGAACUUUAUCCCAUGAAAAAUGUGGAUGAUGUUGAACCAGAGUGCAUUCCAGGACUGGAAUGUGACAUACCUGAGACAGCAGUGCCAGACACAGCUCCUGAAAUGGAAGUCACCUCUAAGGCUUUCCCUCUCCCAGUUGAAGACUUUCCUCUUCCUUCAGGAAAAGAUGAAGAACCAAAGGAUCCUCAAACAGAGAGCAGCAGAUUGUUUACAAGUGAUGUCUAUCAAGAGACUUCACAACUUAGAAGUGAUGAGCCCAUACUUCAGACAUCUGAGAAAACACCAUCCUUGCCAGAUCUACAAGAAGAAUGUGGCACCAAAGAUACAAAAUUGGAUCCCUUCCCAGAAGUGAUGAGUUCCCCACAGUUCCCAGUUGAAGCAAGUGUUCCAGCACCAGGAACUGAGACACAAGAUGACCAAGUAAGUGGUGUUCAUAAGGAGGUUGAUUCAGCAGAUGAUAAAAGUAAAGAGGAGCAAAUACCUCAGGCAGACAGAAAAUCAGUGUCAGCCCCUCCACAGCUUCCUGAUGUGGAAGUGGAGGUGACUGAGCCUGACUCUUUCCCACCAUCACCCGAUCAAUUCUCAGCUCUAGAGGAAAAAGAUGACGUACCACAAGAUGUAUUUGAAGAUCAGUUUAAAAGUGAUUGGGUUUUCCCUGAUGAUAAAGACUUUGGAGAGGUUGAGUUGUUCCAUCAUGGUACUGAGAACACAAGCGCUUCACCACCAAAAGUCGAUGAAAAGAGUAACCUUUCUUGGGAAGAGGUUACUGAUGAUUACAAGGAUAUUAUGCAUGAAAUUUCACUCACCCAGGAUCAUCAGAUUCAGGAUAUGGCCAGAGAUGAAGGCAGUGAAGCACCAAGUAAAGAAGAUGACAUCUCAGAUGAGGGUGCAGGUGCACAUGACCAAAACAGACUGUCACCAGAUAUGUUCCCCAUGCCCAGUGAGUUGGGAGGGCCAGAAGAAAAGGAUCCUGCAGUUCCAAAACCAAAAUACAAAGAAACAAAUGAUGAUCCAUUCCCUGAACCAGUAAGGGAAGAUGACAGUACUGAUGAACUACAAAGUGCCUCUGAAUAUGUUGAAAUUUAUCAGACUUCAUUAUAUGAGAAAACUGGCCUCUCAGAGUCUGAUGAAACUAUAGACUCCUCAGAUGAAGGAUUUAAAACCCCAGAGUUAGAGCUUCCCAUGUUCCCAGAGGACUUCCAGGAGGCUGUCAAGCCUUUCCCAGUUCCUCAUGGUGAUCUUCCUGAUAUUUCUUCCUCACCCAUCACUGAAGUGCCACAGAGGACCGGCAAUGAGAUGAAAUUAUUCACCUCAGAUGAAUAUCCAGAAGUUACAAAAGAACUUAACAUAGAAACUAUUCCUCAUGAACUCCCAUGUGCUCCCUCCCCCCCAGGCCCCACUCCUGAUUUUGGUAACCCCCAGGAGGCCAUCAUAACCUUCCCGGUUCCAGGUAAUCAGUUCCCUGACACCUCCUCAACCAUUGCUGAAGUGCCACAGAGGCAUGAUGAUGAGGUGAAACUAUUUGAUACUGACAACUAUCCUGUAGUUACAAAAGAAGAUACUGUAGAAACCAUUCCUGACAAUCUUAUAAGUGCUCCCACCCCACCUGGCCCCUCCCCUGUCUUUGAAGACUCCCAAGAGGCCACCACACCCUUCCCAGCCCCUCAUGGUGAAUUUCCUGAUGUCUCUUCCUCAACCAUUGCUGAAGUACCACAGAAGCAUGAGGAUGAGAUGAAAUUAUUCACUUCAGAUAACUAUCCAGAAAUUAGAAAGGAACACAGUGUAGAAACUAUACCUGACAACCUUCCUCGAGCUCCCACCCCACCUGCUCCUUCCCCUGAUUUUGGUGACAGCAAAGUUCCCUCAUUUGCAAGUCCAAGCAAAGCUCCCUCAUUUGCAAGUCCAGAUGAGUUUGAAGAAUGUGAAUCCUCAUUCCCUGAUUUCCAGAAUGUAAGUGAUGCCACACCCAGGCCCAAGUCACCGCAGUCAGGUGCAGUUAUCUGGGAGGAGCAGCAUUAUCAGCUAGAGAAAGUAGAAAAAGAAAUUCCUGUUAUUCCACCUAGCUACACAGAAGCACCACCUGUUCCUGACUUUGGCAUGCAACCUCCCUCAGAGAAUAUUGCACUAGAUUUCCCUUCACCUACUGAUGAGUAUUCACAGCCUGAAUUAGAUGACAAAGUGCUUCCUUGUACUGAAGAGCAGCCAACAAAGACAUGGACAAGUGAUGUAUAUCCAGAAACACCAAUUACAGGGGCACAAGAUCCUAUCCCUUGUGAGGAACAUCCACCCAUGAACCCACCUCCUGAAGUAACCCCUGUUUUAGAGGAAAAGGAAAUGCCAUUCCCAAGACCAGGCAUUCCCUCAGAAGGUGGUGAUGAGCAACCCCCAAAGGUUACUGAACUUGUCACAGAAGAAGCAAGAGAUACUUUUCCUGUACCCACUUUGUCUGAGGCUGAUGUUCCCCUACAAGAUAAAACAGUAAUUUUACAAUGGACAGAUAAUGUUUAUGAAAAGAGUCAAGUCAUAGAAGAAGAGGAGAAGAUAUGUGAGGAAAAUGUAGACAUAGACUUGCCACCUCUUCCAGCAGUGAAACCUGAGUUCUCUGGCAAAGAGUUAUCAUUCCCUGCUCCUGAAAGUGAUAUAGCUCAGCCCUUAGGAAAACUGGAAGACCCUAAAGAUGUUAAGCAGGUCAGUGCUUUCCAGGAAGAGGUCUACGUUCAGUCUUUCAAAACAGAUGACUCUGAAAUUAUUAACGAUCAAAACUUGCCUCAGAGUUUACCUGGUUUGCCAGUUUUUGAAAAGCAGGAAACCUCUCCAGCCAUAACUCCAUUCCCAGUACCAACAGGGACAGGAGAGGAGAAACAUCAGGCAGUAUGUGAUAAACAAUUACCAACACCAGCUACUGUGGAAAAACAUGAUAUUUUGGAAGAACAUUCUAUUCAUAGUGAAAAUGUGGUCAUAUCACAAACUCUUACCUGUGAAAGCAUUCAAGGAGCUGCAGUUAACAUUCAGCCUUUUGAGCACCUCCCUGAGCCAUCACCAGUAGCUGAAAGCCAAAAAAGUAGUGCUGUUGUACAACCUGAUGCUGAUGUUGUUUACCCACAGCUUACAGAUAGCCAUGUCUCUGCAGCCAUAGAGACACCAGAAGCCUUUGCUCCACCACUGCCAGAUAUCCCUGGUGGUGACAAACCUUCACCAGAGUCUCUUUUCCCAACAGUUGGAAGUAAAGAUACUCAGGCUGUAGGGGAACAGGAUUCAGAACUACCAAAUAAAGCCAGUACAGAACUAAAGGAUGAAGAAAGAGAAACAUUCCCAGAUCCUGUCUCUCUUGAUGAAGAAGCUGCAAGACCUGAUAUAUGUACAUCUUCACAGUGGACAGAAGAAUAUUAUCCUCAGGACAAAUUUGAAAGUAAAGAAGACAGAACAAUUCCAGAGGAAAUUCCAUCUGACUUUUCUUCUGUUACUGACAAGGACUCAGAUGAGUUGAAUAAACCCAUUCCAUAUCCAGCUCCUGUUGGAGAGUUUCCUGAACUAUUUGAGACUCCACAGAAACAAGAAGAGGAACAGUUGCCAAGUGUGUUCCCUGAAAUCCAUUACACACAAGAUGAGAAGAGAGAUAAACCAAAAGAGGAUAAAAAAUUGGAAUGUUUAGCUUUGCCUACAAUUAGUGCUCCACAGUAUGAUAUUUUAGAAGAUAAGAUUGAUCCAUCACCAUUCCCAGAGCCUGAUUUUGGGACAGAGCUGCCAAGUCUUGAUAAAAAAGAGACUCUUGAAGAUGAAAAGUUCCCAGAACCUAAGGAGCAAGGAGAAAUGCCAGUACCUGAUACUCCUUCACCAUCACCCUGGAAAGAGGAACUCUAUGCAAAAGAUGACAUCAGCAGUAAAUCCACAACCAAAGACCAAAUUGAUGUUACCCUGCCAUCUCUAUCUUCAGAGGAGUCACCAGAUUUUGUCAGUCCUGAGGAACAGUCAUUCCCUGCUGCUGGAUUCCCUGAUUUAAGUGACGAAGGCAAUGACAUGAUGCCACAGGAGAAACCAGCUCUAAUGUUCACCAGUGAUACUUACGAAAGUGUUGAUAAAAAAGAAAGUGAACCAAUUGAAGGCCAGGAUUUGGAUACAAUUAUGCCUCCUACCUAUGAAGAUGUUGUAGCUACUGCUCCUGAACCAUUCCCAGAACUGCAACAGGAAAAACCAAAAGAGCAGAUACAUCAAGCUAAAGAUACUGAAGAAGUUCCAAAAUCUGAAACAACAAAGGAAAAAAUAAUAAUCGAUAAGCCAGUAGAGGUGACUGAAAAAAUAUUGGAGAACCUUCCAGGUGAUUCUGUCAUUACUGAGACAGUCACAGAGCCUGAAGUGACAACAGUCCAUAAGAUUAUUAGAAGAAGAAUAAUCAAGAAAAUUGUAAUCAUUGAUGGUAAGCCAGUGGAGACAGAGGAGGUAAUAGAAGAGCCAGAAGAGGUGAGUGAAGAAAUGUUGCAGAAUCUUCCAGCUGAUUCUGUCAUUACUGAGACAGUCACAGAGCCUAAGGUGACAACAGUCCACAAGAUUAUAAGAAGAAGAGUAAUUAAGAAGAUUGUAAUCAUUGAUGGCAAGCCAGUGGAGACAGAGGAAAUAAUAGAAGAGCCAGAAGAAGUGACUGAGGAAAUGUUGCAGAACCUUCCAGCUGAUUCUAUCAUUACUGAGACAGUCACUGAGCCUGAGGUGACAACAGUCCACAAGAUCAUUAGAAGAGUAAUCAAGAAGAUCAUCAUGGUUGAUGGCAAGCCAGUGGAGACAGAGGAGGUAAUAGAAGAGCCAGAGGAGAUGAUUGAAGAAAUGUUACAGAACAUUCCAGCUGAUUCUGUUAUUACUGAAGUAAUAUCAAAGCCUGAAGACAUAGAGCUCCAUAUGGCUAAAGAAAAGCCAGUAAAAAUAGAACAGCCUGAAAAAGUGGUUGAAGAAAUGUUGCAGAAUCUGCCAGCUGAUUCUGUCAUUACUGAGACAGUCACAGAGCCUACUGAGACAGUCACAGAGCAUGAAGUGACAACAGUCCACAAAAUCAUUAGAAGAAAAGUGAUCAAGAAGAUUGUAAUCAUUGAUGGCAAGCCAGUGGAGACAGAGGAAGUGAUAGAAGAGCCAGAAGAAGUGACUGAGGAAAUGUUGCAGAAUCUUCCAGCUGAUUCUGUCAUUACUGAGACAGUCACAGAGCCUGAGGUGACAACAGUCUGCAAGAUCAUUAGAAGAAGAGUGAUCAAGAAGAUUGUAAUCAUUGAUGGCAAGCCAGUGGAGACAGAGGAAGUAAUAGAAGAGCCAGAAGAGUUGACUGAAGAAAUGUUGGAGAAACUUCCAGCUGAUUCUGUUAUUAGUGAGGUAAUAUCAAAGCCUGAAAAGAUGGAUCUUCAUACAGCUGAAGGAAAAACAGUAAAAACUGAAGAUGUCACAGAAAAUGUCACUAAAGAAAUGUUACAGAAUCUUCCGAUUGAUUUACAUUCCUUAGAGCCCGAUUUUGGGAGAGAGCUGCCAAGUCUUGAUACAAAAGAGACUCUUGAGGAUGAAAAGUUCCCAGAACCUAAGGAGCAAGGAGAAAUGCCAGUACCUGAUACUCCUUCACCAUCACCCUGGAAAGAGGAACUCUAUGCAAAAGAUGACAUCAGCAGUAAAUCCACAACCAAAGACCAAAUUGAUGUUACCCUGCCAUCUCUAUCUUCAGAGGAGUCACCAGAUUUUGUCAGUCCUGAGGAACAGUCAUUCCCUGCUGCUGGAUUCCCUGAUUUAAGUGACGAAGGCAAUGAUAUGAUGCCACAGGAGAAACCAGCUCUAAUGUUCACCAGUGAUACUUACGAAAGUGUUGAUAAAAAAGAAAGUGAACCAAUUGAAGGCCAGGAUUUGGAUACAAUUAUGCCUCCUACCUAUGAAGAUGUUGUAGCUACUGCUCCUGAACCAUUCCCAGAACUGCAACAGGAAAAACCAAAAGAGCAGAUACAUCAAGCUAAAGAUACUGAAGAAGUUCCAAAAUCUGAAACAACAAAGGAAAAAAUAAUAAUCGAUAAGCCAGUAGAGGUGACUGAAAAAAUAUUGGAGAACCUUCCAGGUGAUUCUGUCAUUACUGAGACAGUCACAGACCCUGAAGUGACAACAGUCCAUAAGAUUAUUAGAAGAAGAAUAAUCAAGAAAAUUGUAAUCAUUGAUGGUAAGCCAGUGGAGACAGAGGAGGUAAUAGAAGAGCCAGAAGAGGUGAGUGAAGAAAUGUUGCAGAAUCUUCCAGCUGAUUCUGUCAUUACUGAGACAGUCACAGAGCCUGAGGUGACAACAGUCCACAAGAUUAUAAGAAGAAGAGUAAUCAAGAAGAUUGUAAUCAUUGAUGGCAAGCCAGUGGAGACAGAGGAAAUAAUAGAAGAGCCAGAAGAAGUGACUGAGGAAAUGUUGCAGAACCUUCCAGCUGAUUCUGUCAUUACUGAGACAGUCACUGAGCCUGAGGUGACAACAGUCCACAAGAUCAUUAGAAGAGUAAUCAAGAAGAUCAUCAUGGUUGAUGGCAAGCCAGUGGAGACAGAGGAGGUAAUAGAAGAGCCAGAAGAAGUGACUGAGGAAAUGUUGCAGAACCUUCCAGCUGAUUCUGUCAUUACUGAGACAGUCACUGAGCCUGAAGUGACAACAGUCCACAAGAUCAUUAGAAGAAGAGUGAUCAAGAAGACUGUAAUCAUUGAUGGCAAGCCAGUAGAGACAGAGGAGGUAAUAGAAGAACCAGAAGAAGUGACUGAAGAAAUAUUGCAGAACCUUCCAGCUGAUUCUGUCAUUACUGAAGUAAUAUCAAAACCUGAAGACAUAGAGCUCCAUAUGGCUAAAGAAAAGCCAGUAAAAACAGAAGAGCCUGAAAAAGUGACUGAAGAAAUGUUGCAGAAUCUUCCAGCUGAUUCUGUCAUUACUGAGGCAGUCACAGAGCCUGAGGUGACAACAGUCCAUAAGAUCAUUAGAAGAAGAAUGAUUAAGAAGAUUGUAAUCAUUGAUGGCAAACCAGUGGAGACAGAGGAGGUAAUAGAAGAACCAGAAGAAGUGACUGAAGAAAUGUUGCAGAAUCUUCCAGACGAUUCUGUUAUUACUGAGGUAAUAUCAGAGCCUAAAGAGGUAGAUCUCCAUUUAGCUGAAGUAAAAACUGCAGAUGUUAAAGAAGAGCCUGAAAAAGUGACUGAAGAAAUGUUGCAGAAUCUUUCAGCUGAUUCUGUCAUAACUGAGACAGUCACAGAGCCUGAGGUGACAACAGUCCACAAGAUCAUUAGAAGAAGAGUGAUCAAGAAGACCAUCAUGAUUGAUGGCAAGCCAGUGGAAUCAGAGGAGGUAAUAGAAGAGCCAGAGGAGGUGACUGAAGAAAUGUUGGAGAAUCUUCCAGCUGAUUCUGUCAUUACUGAGACACUCACAGAGCCUGAGGUGACAACAGUCUACAAGAUCAUCAGAAGAAGAGUGAUCAGGAAGAUUGUAAACAUUGAUGGCAAGCCAGUGGAGACAGAAGAGGUAAUAGAAGAGCCAGAAGAAGUGACUGAAGAAAUAUUGCAGAAUCUUCCAGCUGAUUCUGUUAUUACUGAGACAGCCACAGAGCCAGAGGUGACAACAGUUCACAAGGUUAUCAGGAGAGUAAUCAAGAAGAUCACCAUGGUUGAUGGCAAGCCAGUUGAGACAGAGGAGGUAAUAGAAGAACCAGAAGAGGUGAUGGAAAAAGUGUUCCUUGAAUCUCCUGAGAUUUGUGGAAAUAUAUUAUUUGCCAAAACAGAUGAGACUGAGAAAGGGGAUAGUAAGAUUCCAGCCAUCAUUGAUGCUAAACCUGCUGAGACUGAGGAAGUUGUUAAGAUUCCUGUCCAUGAGAACUCACAAAGUAAUCUCCUACUUGAAACUAGUAUGGGUGAUAUUCCUUCUUCCUCUGAGACUAGUGAUACUAAAGAAUUAAUCAUUGAUCAUUUCCCACAGCCAGCAAAGGAUUCUUUAACAGGGCUGAAAGAUGCUGAUAAAGUGGAAUUUUGGCAAGAAGAUCUAUAUCCACAAGAAGUGUGUGUGGAGGAGCAAUCAUCUCAACUCCCUGAAGACCACACCACUGCUCCUUAUGUGCCUGAGCAAGUUGUGGAACCUCCUCUUCCUGAAGAACUGGCACCUUUCCCCAAACCUGAAGAACAGUUCUGUCUUCCAGUUUCAGCUCCUGAUCAGCCUAAGGAAGUAUCUGCUGUGCAUGUGGCUUUCAAAGAAACUGUGUACCAACCUCCAGCUAAACCCACUCCUCUUGAUAAGGUAGUAAUUGAACCUCUCCCUUCACCACCAUUGCCUGUGUAUGAGGAAAAAGAACCUAGUGAACCUUUGCCACCAAAAGAGGAAGAGGACAAAGACAAGGAGGUUUUGGCAACUCAGCCAACAGAAUCACAGGACGAAAUUGCAAAGCCUCAGUCUCCUGCUACUCCACAACCUGCUGAUUCUCAACCUCUUGUGUCUGUCCCUAAGGAUGCUGAGUCCCCUGUUCUCCCACAUGAGGAUAAGCAAGCAGAUGUCACACAGGAAACUCACAGUAUAGUUCCUGAAGAUGAAAAACAAGAUACUGAACUUCAUCCUACCACUACAGUAACUGAAUAUCAGGAAGAGCAUGUUGAACCCAUUGUUGAUACCAAAACACCUCAGUAUGAAAAAGAUAUCCCAUCAUCAGAAAGUAAGGAAGAGGAAACUGUAUAUACUUCAACUACCAUAGCAGUUGUUAUGGCACCAGAAUAUAAAGAACCUGCUACAUCAUCCAAGGGUGUAGAAACAGUGGAUGAUUCUGUGGCUGUUAUUACAGAUCAUGAAAUGAAGACAGAUAAGAGAGUGGAGCCUGUGUCAGAUAUACCUGUUUAUGAAAUCAGUGAAGUCAAUGUGGUAGAUAGAUGUGAGGUGGUGGAAGAGAGACUGGUGACACAGCAUGAUGAAACAGACAUGACAGUGCCUGAUGAAGAUAGUGUCAAGAAAUCUGUAGAGAAGGAUGAAAAAGAAAUACAAAGGCCUGGAAAGGAAGAUGUCAUAAUUGAACCAAGUGUGCCUAUGGAACCUUUGGUGUUGAAAGACCUAACUGAUGCAAAACCUACUGAAUCAAAAGUUACAGCUGAGGUCAGUCAUGAAGAUGAAGAACAUGUGUUACCUGAGGCAACUGAGCUUGUUGAAAAGGAAAGUGAGUUUGACAUAAAAUCUGAACCAAGGGAAACUCCAGGACCUGCAGAGGUAAUGGAAGAAGAAUUACAUGAAAAGACUGAUAUUGCCACAAGCUCUGAAGUAACCAAAGAAGUGGAUCAGGAGCCUAGCACUACAGAUGCAGGUAUACAGUCACCUGUGGAGUCACUAGAUAAAGAAGAGAAAGAGCCUGAUAAUGUUGGUACUGAUCAAAAAGAUGCACCAGUCAUCCCUCUCAGUGAAAGCAAUAUAGUUCCUGAUGAAGAACUAACACAGCACAGUGAUGAUCUACAGGUCACAACUGACAAGCUGAUUGAUGAACACACUGCUGGUCCACCAGAAAUAGGGCCUCAGAGUUCUCAGCCUCCCUCAAGUGUGGUAGAGAAGCCUGAGGAAGAUGAGGAGGCUGGAAAGGAGCUACAACCUCUAGUGCCAGGGGAAGAAGAAACCUCUGGAGAAAAGUUAUUAGUCGAAGAACAAAUAAUUAGCCAGGAAUGGCAGACUAUUUAUACAUUACUCAAGCGUCGUCAGAAUCUUAGAGAAGCUCCACAGUCAUCACUUCCCACCACUAUUACCACCCUAAUGCUGGCUCCAUCAUCACCACCUUCACCAGAUCAACAGCAGCAGCAAAUUGAUGAGAAUCUGGAGAAAUUAAAGUCUGCUCUUGAUAAAAAAGAACUUAUUGUGGUUCAGAAAGUUAUAAUUUCUAUUGUUGAAACUGUAAGCACCUGGUUAGAAACAAUUGAGUAUAGAAUCUACACAGUCAAAAACACAGAAGACAUCAGUGAGAGAAACCAGCAGUAUGAGUACUUGCAAACAGAAUUACACAUUAUAGAAGAGAAGCUUGUUAUCCUGGAAAAGGUAACACAGUCUGCUUUAGAAAUCUUUAGUGAAGAAACUAUUAUAACUAUCAUAGAAACUGUAAAAUGUCUAAGGCAGCAAGUAAAUCAAGUAGAGAAAGUGAGGAAGGAGCAGCAGGAAAACUCAAAGGAAGAAGAAGAGCGUUACACACAGUACAUGGAUGCAGUAGCUAAUGCUGGAGAAGAAGUAUCCAAACUUAAGGCUCAGUUAUAUAAAUUACAAAACAGUAAAAUGACACCAGAAGAAAAGCUCAGACAACUAGAGCUGCUCCUCAUCACUAAUGAGGACACCAGAGACAGCAUCACACAGCUGCUCCUGAGUUCUCAUGAUAUGAGACUCUCACCAAGUAGACACAUGGGAGACAAACUCGCUUCAAUUCAGGAAGAACUCUGUGAUGUGCAUGAUUCUGUUGAAAAGGAAUUAGACCAAGUGCUGCGACUGACAACAACCACCACUGAAUAUGAAGAAACUUUAAUGGAGCUCACACAUCUUAUAGAAAUGGCAGAAACCAUCCUGGAGGCAAGAGUAGUGGCCCGAGAUCACUCCAGUCUGGUCGAUACUAUCACGAAACACAAGAAGCUUUUCCUAUCUCUGCGACAGUGUCAGAAGGUCCUGGAAUCACUAGAUACUGCAUUGGAACCUAACUCUCGAGUGCACUACCAAGAGUUGUACUCUCGCUCAUACCUGAAGGCAUCUAAGAUACUAGACAAGGCUACACAGCGCAACCAUCAGCUUACCCUGCUGGAGGCUGAGUGGCUGCGCCUGCUGAACCAGCUGAAAGAGGAGGAGGCGUGGAUGAUGUCAGCAUCUGAGCAAGUCACUCAGCUUCACACCUUGUCCUCUGACACUUAUCAGGAGAACACCAACUCAUGCAAGGACCUGCUGGUGGAGAGCGUGACACACGAGGCUCACAUGGGCCACCUGGUUGAGAUGGUCCGCAAGGUAGGAGACUCCGUCACCUGCACCCACCUUGAGACCCGAGUCAGCUCACACCACCAGCGGAACACCAGCCUGAGACAAGAAGUCAGUCGCCUGCUGGAGCGCCUGGAGGAAAUGCAUGUCCACUGGGCUGCCUAUCAGACUCAGAUGGACCAGCUGCAAGAGUGGUGCUCACUAGCUAAAGCUUCACUGGAAAACAUUGAUCUAACACCACAAGACCAACAGAAGUUGAAAGAACAAUUCAAUCAGAUAUGGAACCUGAGGGCCCAGUUUGACAGCCAGAGUGUCCUGCUGAGUGAAUGCAUGGACCACUUUGACAAGUCAGUGGGAUUGGUGAACAUGACAGAUGAAACCAACCAGCGACAUUUCCUCUCCCAGUUUAGGACAGAAUGGAAUGAGCUUGAAGAACUCCUCCAUGGAAAGGAGAAAGAACUCCACAGAAUUCAAAUCCAAGUGGUUCCAGUACCUCAGUUGUUGAGUGAGACUCAGGAUGCACUCACAUUUGUUGAGGAUGCUUUGCAGAACAUUGACACUAACAUCACAUCAGUGCAGCAACUCAGGGACAUACAGGAAAAUUACAAGGUGUUGAGAAUAAAGAUAAUGAACAGCAAGGGUAACUUAGAUUAUUUAACUGAAGUUUCCUCUGAAGAUGAAGACCAGGAUCAGGAUUUGAUGGACAACCUAGGGAAGUUAUCCCUUACUUGUCAGGAGUUGAUUCAUACCAUCCAGCAGAGGAUUGCUUCUCUGGAAUACACACUGGAUAAUGUUCAGAAGACUGUCAGCCGUGUAGAGCGCAUUUCCCUCACAAUGAAGCAUUUGAAGAGUACUCUGGAAAGAUGCCAAGCAAUUGAUAAGGAAGGUGAACAGAUCCUGAAGGCUGCCUUCCACUCCUGUCAGACAAUACAUGGCAGUGUGUCACGGACUGAAGGAGACAUCACAAAAGUGAAGCAGAGCAUGGAGAACUUGAGUCAAGACCCUCACCACCCUUGCCAUCUCACAGAGCUUUCAGCACAGAUAGACACCCUUGAGGAAGAGCUCAAAUCACUUUCUGAAUGUAUCAAGGAAACUCGUGAGAACCUCAAGAGUCGCCUUGAAAUAUGGCAGAAAUUCAUGUCCACAUCUGAUGCAGUAGAUGGCUUCCUUCAGGAGGUGGAGUAUCUUCUUGAGAGUGCAGUUGACCUGCCAUCAUCAGUCAAUAUGGAUGCCUUGAGGAAGCAUGUGGAAGAUCUGCAGAGCCUUCAGGAAUCCAUGACCACCAAUGAAACCCUCCUGGAGAUGCUCAAGUCCAGAGCUGUGCAGGUGGAGAAGAAUCACAGUGUGGAGACACAGCUUGUUCGCUGGAACAAUGUCUCCCAGAAGCUGGAGUCGGUGAUCUUGCGCUAUGAGACUGCCCUGGAGCUGUGGAACCAUUUCAUCACAGUGCAGGAGGAGGUGCGAGUAUGGGUGGAGUCAAAGAUUACCAUGGUGGUUUCCCUCCAGUCUCGGGGCAUCACACAUGAGCAUCGCGCCCAGAUCCAGGUGCUGGUGGGUGAGGCAGCGUGGUCUGGGGAGCGGGUGUCAGAGCUGAGACAGCUGGCACACCAGAUUCGGCUGCACCUAGCAGAGGACUCUGCGCAGGACACUCCAUUAGUUGCUGAGGUUGAGCGACUUGGGUUCCGAAUAACUAACCUGACUGAGGCAAUCACUCAGCUCAGUAGUAACUUGACACAGCAGGUGAAUGCUGAACAACAUCAAAAGAAAGAGAACGCCCUUCAGGAGCUUGAAGCUGGUAUAAAUGGGGCCCAUACGCUGCUGGCAUUACCAGAGCCCGAAGUAAAUGAAGCAGCAGAGCGGGCCACCCAACUAAAGGACCAGCUAGUGGCACUUGGAGGCACUGGAGGUCCUGUCAUUGACAGUGGGCCAUCACAAGUAGUGGAAGCCUGGCAAGUAGCUGUUCGUGACACACACUCGAGGUACCAGCAGGUAGUUGCAGGUCUGGGAGGUGAUGAAGAACAGCUUGCAGCAGCACUGACUACUUGGAAACAAUAUGUGGAAAGUGUGGAAGCCAGCAUGAGUGCCCCAGCUCCAGCUUCACGUGAAGGGCUUCAUGAAGCCUCCCGCUUGUGUCAGGUGCACCGUUCUAUUCUCAACACACAAACAAAUGUUCUUCUAACUCUUCAAGAACAAGCCCAGCAGGAAAACGCUCCCCCACGCAUCAGGGACUUACAGGGUCGCCUCAGAGAGCUGAUCUUGCGUCACAAGACUGUCUUGACGACGGUUACUGAACGAGAACAACUACUUCUCCAAACCAUCACUACGUGGGAGACCUACAGAGUCAAGAUUGCUCAACUGCAAACAUGGAUAUUGGCCUUAGAACAAGAGAAGCAAGGACUUCAGCUCAGGCAAGUUGCAAGAAGACGUCUUGACAAGGUUAUCAGUAGAUUACAGUCCUUGCAAGAACAGCUGGGCAGAGGAGAGGAACAGGUAGAGGAAAUAGAGAAGCUGUGUCAAAUACUGGUAGCAUCUUGUGACUCAAGCAUACACCCCAUCCUAAAGGCUGAAUUAGCAUCUCUGCAGCAGCGUGUGACUAACAUGCGUGCAGGUGUGGAGACAUGGCUUGGUUACCUCAAUAAGAGUUCUUCCCUGUGGCAGCGGUAUGAAGAUGUGUACACCAAGCUUCAUACCAUUUUGGCAGAGAUCCAGGCAGGGCUGUCUGCCGACAUGCCCUCUGAUUUCUGCAGUGUUCAGGAGACCAUUAAAAAGUAUAAUGAAACUACUGCUGCUCUAGAAGCCUUGAGUGGGGAUCUUUCUUUGCUGAGGACAACCCGUGAGGAAAUGGUGGACUCGCUCACACCUGCUGACCUGCGCCUGGUGACACAGAGAAUGUGGAGAGUCACACAACUGCAGGCUGAAUUGCUGCAUCAGUACAGACUUAAAAUCAGCACUUUGGAGGAUAGGUUAGAAUUGUGGGAACUUUAUGAUACUAGAUAUCAACAGUUCCUUACUUGGGCCAAAGAUAUGGAGGGUAAGAUUGAUGGUGGCUCAGAACAGUACAUUGACACACUUAUCAGAAAGCUGGAACAUGAUUACCAGGAAGACAUCAAUGCUAAGAGUGUAGAAAUGCACUGGCUUUUGUCUGAGGGUGAAGAACUUAUAUCAUGCAGCAAGGAGGAUCAAGCUGCUGAAUUGAAGGAAAAAGUAAAAAUUAUUGAGACCACCUGGAAACACAUUCAUGAUAAAUGCAACAGUAGGAAGCAGAAAUUACAAGACAUUGUGACAACCAUAAACAAAGCAGAAGUCACUCUGGCUGAACUAAAGGAAUGGCUCUUCCUGAUUGAGAAAAAGCUGUCUAGUCCUGUCAUUUUCCAGAAUAGCUCUAAGAAAGAAAUAGAUCGUCUCUUGGAAGCAGAAGAAGAGAUUCGUAAGGAGAUAGAGAAGCAGAGUGGAACUAUUUCUUCUGUUUUGAAUCUUUGUGACAUGGUUAUUCAUGAUUGCAAUGAGUUUGAUGCUAAUGGAGAUACAGACUCACUGCAAGAGGCUCACCACAACCUGGACAGACGCUGGGGAGAAAUCUGCACUCGAUCAGCAGAAAGGAAGGCAUUUAUCAAGAAAACUUGGAAGAUGUGGCAGGAACUGGUGACAGUUAAUAAUUCAUUUUCUUCAUGGCUUACAAAUAUGGAGUCAAGACUGAGGGACCUAGAUGUUGCUUCUUAUCAUGUACCAUACAGCAGCCUUGAAGAAAUGGUUGCAACUGUUCACCAGCUACAGCCAUUGAUUCAUAACCAGACACCUCAGUAUGAAAGUCUUAACCAGCAUUACCGGGUACUUGCCCGACCAUAUGGAAGGGAAAACAGAUUAGACCAAGAAAAUGAGAUUCGAACAAUGGUCAAGACUUCUAAUGCUAGAUUCCACACCCUUAGUUACCAAAUUACUGUAAUACUUAGGCGUAUAAGCUUUAGUAGAAGGUUGUUUGAAAAGUAUGAAGCUUCAAGAGAAAGGCUGAUGAUCUGGCUGAAUGACUUUGACCUCAAGAUAACUGAAUAUGAACAAUACCCACAUGGAAACCUUGAACAUAAGAAGAGGGCACUGUUAGGACUUGUAGCAGAAUAUGAGAGGCAUGAAAAUGAACAGAAGGAAUUUGAAGAUUUGAUUACAUACCUCUACCAGAGAAGCUGCUACUCAGAUUGCACCAUCAUAGAAGAAAGUCUUACAGAGUAUUGGGUUUGUAGAAAACUCAUUCGUACACGCCUUCUGGCCCUCCAGAAAGAUGUUGAGGAUGAAAUAACGCAGACCACAACUGUGAUGACAAGCCUUUCUGAAGAGAGAUUACUACAAGACCAGGAAGAUGAUUAUAGGGUUCCUCUAGUGUCAGAUGCUGAACUGCAAAACCUUGAACCAACCCUGAGCCCAGCAGACAUGUCUUUCAUUGGUGCUGUGGGAGGGCGGUCCAUGGUUGUGGAGAUGCGUGUGGCACUAGAUGAAUGUAAAAAGAUCAUACUGCAGUUAGAAGAAGCCUUGAAGUGUCCAACACCUCAGGGUGCAGAAGUUGACAAGAUGUAUUACUCUUUUUCGAAGCAGCUGGCAGGAUGCCGGUCAUCAGUAGAUUUGUUGAGUUCCCUGAAGCAACACACAGGGGAUGAUGCUGAGGCACGAGAACUCCAUCCAGAAAUUGAUGCUGUCAUUGAAGAAUUUACUCUUUUAGAAGCCAAGGCACAGGCCAAGCAACAGAGACUCAAGGAGAACAGCGAGACGUCCUCCUUGACGUGCCCGCUGUGUUGCAGACGCAAUUGGCAACAGUUUGAAAAUGAUAUGUGGCGACUGGAGCAAUGGCUAGCCCAUGCGGAAGCCACCCAGUCAACACAGCACAACCCACCCUUGCCCAUGGAGCAGCUGGAGGAAGUUGCUCAGGACCACAGGGAGUUCCUCAUGGACCUUGAUGGCCAUAAAUCUGUGAUAAUGUCCCUAAACAUCAUUGGUAAGCAUCUGGCGGAUCACACACGUGAUGAGAGGCGAGCCACCAGAGUGAGGGACCGUCUUGCUGCAACCAACCGCCGCUGGGAAGCAGUAUGUGCUGCUGCCUCUGUGUGGCAGGCAAAGCUGCAGACAACCCUGAUGGGAAAUUCAGAAUUCCACAGCACCAUAGCUGAUUUACUUGCAUGGACAGAAACAACUGAGGAGAGUCUUCUUAAGAUUGCUGCAGAAGAAGACAUGGAGGAACCAGCUCUACGUGACAGGGUGGCUCGUGUCCUUGAUGUACGGGCAGAAGUUGAGCGGUGUGAGCCCCGUGUAGCAUCCCUGCAUGAGGCUGCACAGCACCUUCUACCCACGCAACAGGACGACAAGUCUGCUGCUGUGCGUGAGCAGCUUGCUAUUUUAUCUCAGCGCCUCCAAUUGCUGUUGCAAAUGUGCUCCAAACAACUUGUACUUCUCUCUCAGAUACUUGGACAAGACUUUACUAGUUCUUUGGCAUCUCUUGCAUCCUCAGGGUUGUACGAGUCUGCAGAGUUUUCUCUCUCAAGACCAACCUCACCAAGCUCCCUGUCGGCCAGCUUCCAUUCAGAUGCUCAUGAUGUGCUGGGUGCUGAGGGCAGCAACGAAGGUGUGGUGCGUCGCUCCUACAGAUUCCUGGGCCGGGUGAUGCGUGCAGCACUUCCCAUCCAGGCCCUGAUGCUCCUCAUGCUGGGAGUGGCCUCCUUGGUCCCAACUUCAGAAGAUGACUAUGCCUGU